AUGAACAGGUAACUUUCAAGAGAUUUCCUUUUUCAUCUGUUGUUUGACUAUUUCUUCUUCUCGAGUUUAAAUGUUCAUGUGUUGUUGAUGCUUCUUUUCCCUAGUAGGACUUAAACUUCACCAACCAGAAAUGUCUUUCUUUGAUUAGUCAAUCCAACCAAUUGCAAGAAAAACUGUCUGUUCGAAACUUGAACUCGAAGUUCCACAGCAUCACAAGCCCUGUUGACACUUUUACCUUCACUCACUACUCUUCCAAAAUUAGCCAAGCGUUACCUCCUGCUGUGUUCGCUGUUACAAACCUCUAUAAAGCGGUUACCACUUAAGACAAAUUGGUGAGGUCCCGAAGGUGUCUGCUUAAUAGGGAUUCGAUUGUAUACAACAACACGCACCCUAAUUCAAAUCUUUAUAAAUGUGUUGUAUUUAACCUAUCACAUGCCGGUGUUUUAACACAGUAUGACCAGUUUCGAUUGCUAGCUGCGCCAUUGCUCCGGGUAGGCAUGCUGCCCCUGAAAAUUUCUGCGUUUUCGAACCCUCAGAGGAGCGUUCUCCGUAUUUCCUAACAGGAAAUUUGAUGAAAGUUGUGAAGUUUUUGCAUUUAAAAAUUCAACAUUCUGUAAAACACUUGAUACUUUUGUACAACUUCGUCCCCAUUUUUUGAAACAAUGGUCACUCUGUAUACAAUUACAAGCAUGAAUGAAUUGCUUUUGUCCCAGUUGAUAUAUAACAAUGUCAAUGUAAUGAGAAUCUAUACAGAUGAGUUUAGUGUAACUGCCUGUGGAAGAGAAGUGAAGUAUUCAAGUCUGUAAUGAAGUUAUAUCUUGGAUGAGGACACUACUGAGUACAGAAGAAGAAGACUUUAUUCAGCAUGCUUUUAUGAAAAAAUUUACAAAAUUUUAGAACUAAUAAUCAAAAAUUAAUCAGUAAGUAGGACAAAAUAAUUUGUGCUGGGUUUCUAAGAUAAUCAUAUAUGGUUAAUCGAGUCAGAUAACCCAUUAGAAUUAAAUUAUUAGUCGGUGGGGCCACCUGUGGUCCCCACCGACUCUAGGUUUGCUCUUUGGUACGCCACAAAAUGACAAAUUACGUCAUUUUAAGUACGUAAUUCUUACGAAAUCAAAAUCAAAAUGGGGACCAUGUAAUAGCGUGCAAAAGUUCGCUAUUGAAUAUUUGGUCCAGUCCGUGAGUCGUGUCUUUUCUUUUGGGGUUUUUGAAUGAAAUAUAUUACCGAAAUCAGUAGAGUGUCUUUUCCGGAAGUUGAAAAGACAGUCGAAAGCCAGUAGAAACGUUCAUGUUUUAUGACGUCACGGUGAAGGAAUGCAGCGUGGAACUUGUAAGUUAUUUUACUUAUUAGUAACUUUACUUAAGUGCCUUCCCACGAAUAAAGAUUCUCCCUAGUGUGAGGCGGUUUCUACAAAAAACCGAAAACCGACCAAAAAAACCCGAAAAAACCGAGUGAACCGGGUUUUUUUUAAAAAAAUAUGUUCGAAAAUCGAAACUACGGUUUAAAAAAGACACAACACGCUAUAUGAAUAUCUUAAACCUGUCUUCGCAGACGUCCGUCUUUAUUACCAGCGAAUCAAAAUUCACCAUCGUUUGAUCCGCUUAUCCAUUCAAGACCUCAAGCUCGCGCGAAAUUGUAGAAUGAUAUUAAACGUAAGGUAUUUUGAAGAUGUUAUCAAAUUUUAAACAAAAUCUCUUUAGUUUUCGUGUGUAAAUGCCAAAGUUGAUUCAUUUGCAACAGACCCGUAUAAGUAUGGUUCGAUUUCGGUUUUCCUCCGGUUUUUUCGGUUUUCCGGUCUUUCUCCAAAAGUAACAUCGAGUAAUUCGGUUUUCAAAAAACAUCGGUUUUACCGCCUCACCCUAGAACUUCUCCCUUUGCUCAAAAGCUUGUUUUGUGUUUGGCGAGCCAUUGGCAAUUUGUCAAACUAAAUAAAGUUUACUAAUAAGUAAAAUAACUUACAAGUUCCACGCUGCAUUCCUUCACCCUGACGUCAAAAAACAUGAACGUUUCUACUGGCUUUCGACUGUCUUUUCAACUUCCGGAAAAGACACUCUACUGAUUUCGGUAAUAUUAAGAAUUCACUAAAAGUUAUCACGACGUUUCACUGUUAUGUUAUCAAGGAGGGAAGUGAAUAAUUUGUACAUAAUUUUAUAUAUUUAAAGUUUGUAUCGCGCGGCGGAAUCGGGGAGAUAUCGGUGAUGCCCUCUAUAUCUUUACUAUUGAAUUUUCGAAAUCUCCAGCCGGCAAAUUCCAAGCUUUCCUUCCAGUCAGUAAUAAUAUUUUAGUAUAUUGGAUCUAUUCUUUCGAGUCUACAUCCAGACACAGGCCAUUAGCUAGUCGCUUGGUAAUCAUGCGAAAUAAUUCUUAGUGUCCUCUCGCGAGGCAUUAUUGUAUUAGACAAUAGACAGACGUUAUAAUGCGUCUAGUUUCAAGGAGAAGAAUAUUCUUGCCUUCCAAGCCUUCGAUGCGCUAACUAGCUAGCUAUUAAAGUUCGGUUUUAACUUGGCCAGUUGGUAACAUAGCACCAGCCGAUCUGUGUAAUGACAACAGGAUAAACGCUUAUAAUUUUAACACAUACGAUACACUAUACUGUAUACAGUGUACUAUAUGACUAUUAAAACAACAUUGUUGUAUGGUUAAACUUGUUUUAACUAUUAGCGCUAACUAGUAAACUACCACGCAAACUGCAAACUUGAAACUUCAAGAAUCAAUAUUUUCGGUAAAACAAAAACGCUCUUCUUUAAUUAGUGCUAUUACUUGCACUUAAAGUUGCAUAUUUCCAUCGCACCAGCGACUUAACGCUCCGUGGAGCGUCUUGUUAAUAUUCAAUUAUCUUGGUGAUUGAUGGCAUUAUAUAGAGAUUUAAGAAAAAUAAAUUUUUAAAUAUAUAUGUAAAAUAUAAAAUAUAUGCACAAGCAUAAUUAAUACAUAAUGUAUAGAUAACAUAUACACAGAAUUAAGUUAUAUGGAAUACAAAACUAUAAAUAUAGAAUUAAUAGUUGGAAAGAAAGUCACGUAUGAUUGAAUGUUUGAAGCUGGAUAAGGAAGACAGUUCCAAAUUUUAGCACCAGAAAACCUAAUUUUAAAUUUACCAUAAUUAGAUCUGAUAUUAUGCAUAUAAAAAGACUUUUGAUAAGCAAGCCUAAUACUAUAUUUAUGAACUUCAGAAGUUGGGGUAUUAUUUAUUUGCUUUAAAGGCAGAUGCUUGUCUACAAUUUCAUUAGUUUUUGAAUAAAAAGAGUCAAAUUGUUCAUUGAUGUUAGUGUCACCUAAGACAGUAUUCUAAUGAAUAGAUCGGAAAUCAUUUAUCAAUGUCUCUUCGUUAAAAUGACUAUAUAGUCUCUCUUAUAUGUUUUUGUUUUGGGAGGCAAUGAACAAUAUUUAUUUAUUAUCAAAAAAUUAGGGAGAUGGUCAGUUAAAUCAUAUACUAAAUUUCCACUAACUGUAUGAUGCUCAAAUGAAUUAAAGAAGAUAUUAUCAAGCAGUGUCGUUGAGUGAUGAGUUAUACGAGUAGGUCCUGAUAUAAAAGGGUGGAAAAAGCUAGAUGAUAAACUAUUUAAAAACAAUUGUGUUGGAGGGUGACAAUCAUAUUUUAAAAGAUUUAUAUUGAAAUCACCUAUCAACAAACAAUAUUUAUUUUAUCUUUCUAACUUACUUAAUGUUUCAUUCAUAUGGUCAAUAAACAAAUUAAUAUCUGAACUGGGGUGUCUGUAUAUAACAGCACAUAAUGUGUUUCUAUGUUUUGAAUCGAGAAUCUCAAUUCACAAGGUUUCACAAAAGUUAGAAACAAAUUCUAAGUCAUUCCUUCUCACAAACUUUAUAUUUUCUUUUAUAUAAAUUCCAACUCCUCCAGAAUUGGAGAAACUCUGUUGAUAGAUAAAACUAUAAUUAGGAAUUUCAAUUAUAAUUUCAAUUAUAAUUAGGAAUUUCAACAUAACUUACAACUUUUUUAUUUUGGGUAAAUUUGAUUUCCGAAAGGCCAAUAAUACUGAACUCACGAUUCAAGUCAUCUAACAUACAUGUCAACUUAUCAUAAUUUGCAUUGAGGCUGCUUAUGUUGCAGUGGAGAAUAGAAAAAGAGGUUUCACUCACACUCAUACAAUUUAAGAAAUCAUCGUUGAAUAAUAUUUGAAAUUAGAGUGGUAGUGCAAAUUUGAUUCAGAGUCUAAAUUUUCAAACAUUGGUACAGAAUUUGUGGAACUCAAUGAAUUAAGGGUGUCAAUAUUUAAGCCAUCAAUCCUUAAUUUUAAUGUACAGCAUGUACAGUUACAAGUAAUAGACCUAGAACAAGUACUAGCGAUCAUAAAUCACACCAUUUCUGAAUUAAAUAAAUUAUAUAUAAAGAAAAAACCCCAAGAUAUUAAAAGUACUCAUCUCUAAAUUCACAGAUUGUCAAUAUCUCUCUGACAUUUAAUGUUAAUUGCUGGACUGUUGCUUUCCUUUCUCAUGUAAAUCUUCCCCGAAGUGGUCCUGAUAUAAUUGUAAUUCGAUUCUUUCUUGUCAGUGAGACAAUGCUUGAACAGGAGUUUAUUUCUUUUGGUCAGGCUUUCAUUUAUAUAAAUCUUGUUACCUGCAAAUCUGGAAAUGCCCAAGUCGGUAGUUAGUUUAUUCCUUAGAUUCUUUCGGGAAGAUAAUAACUCCUCUUUGACAUUUCGCCUCACAAAUUUAACAAUGAUAAUAGGUGGACGUACAGGCCGACCUGUAGGAACAUUGCUUGGAAUGCCCAGCCAGUGACUCACUGAUAUGUCUUCUGGUUUAAUAGAAACAUUGGCCAGAUUACCAACUUUCAUUAUUAUUUCAUUAGUGUCUUCGUCAUUUAUUUUUAUUUUAUUUUAUUUUAUUUUACAAGAUUCGCCGCACCAAACAAAUAUUAAACUUAUUCAAAUACCUACGAGUGCAUUGGCUGGGACUGUCCACAGAGAUAAACUCCAAUAACGGGGUCCCGACAAAAAAGAAAAAUUACUAUACAUGCACAAAAACAUUAAUUGGCUUUCGCCAAACUGUCAACAACAUGAUCUGAAAGAUAAAUUUUGAAUAGAACGAGUAGAGUGGCAUUUGACGCACACCGAUUUAAAGGUUCCAGGAUUGUCUGGUUUGUAGACGUGUUCGAGAAGGUUAAAGUAGUAUCUAAAUAGUAAACUUUUAAAGGAAGCUGUAGAUCUUGUAGUGUCUCUGAGGAUAUCGGGUAGAAUGUUCCAAACGCUGGGUGCUCUUACGUAAAAACUGUUUUGAAAGCUAACAGUCUUGGAUUUAAGUACAUUUAGUAGAAUACCAUUGUCGGAAUUAGAGUUUCUGGUUCUACGAUUCGAAACUCGUAUUGAGAUGUUUGUAUCAGAGUCAUUAACAACACAGUUGUAGAGAUAAACUAAAUCUAGAAACUCGAGCCAAUAGCAGAUGGGAAGAAUACCGAUAGACUGGAGACGGUCUUUGUACAAAACGUCUGAUCUAUAAUGAAGGGAAAGGAUGAAUUUGGUGGCACGACGUUGGACGCGUUCCAUUGUAGCGAUGUUAGUUACUGCUUGGGGUGCCCACACUUGACUGGCAAACGCCAAUUUGCUUCUAACCAAAGACAGGUAGAGAAUCUUGCGGACUUGGAUGUUGUUGAUGUCAGAGGCUGAUCGUCGGAUGAAGCCAAGCAUCAUGUUUGCCUUUAACACCGUGCUAUAAACUUGCUUGUUCCAUUUCAGGUCUUUCGAAAUAGUGAUCCCGAGAUCUUUCUGGGCAAUUAAUGACUUAAGCGAAGUAUCAAUAAGCUGAUAUUCUGCGAUAAUUGGUUGACGACUUCUAGUAAUGCUAAGAACCCCGCACUUGGAUUGAUUCAAGUCCAUCCUCCAAACGUUGCACCAUGUCACUAGUUUAUCUAGAUCAUUUUGCAGACUUUCGCAGUCAGCUAACUUGUUCACGGGACGGUAGCACUUCGUGUCGUCAGCGAACAUAGCCACAGACUAUUGGGUUGAAAUUGAAUCAGGAAGAUCGUUCACAAAUACCAGAAAUAGUAGGGGUCCUAAAAUUGAACCUUGGGGAACUCCAGAUAGAACAGGGAGAGUAUUGGACGACUCACCGAGAACUGUUACUCUUUGGUAUCGUCCUGAGAGGUAGUCUUUGAACCAUAGCAGAAGAUCACCUCUUAUUCCAAACCUCUGGAGUUUAACUAACAGAAGGUUAUGGCAGACCUUAUCAAAUGCUUUUGCGAAGUCCAGGUAAACCGAGUCGACUUGGCUUCGGUUUUCUAACGACUUGUUUAUAUCAUGAAGAACGCGCAGAAGCUGAGAGGUGGUAGACUUGCCUUUGAGAAAACCAAAUUGUAUAUGGUGAAGUUGACUGGAGAAAUGAUAUAUAAGUUGGUUAUAGACGCAACGUUCAAAAACUUUAGAGACCAAAGACAAGAGAGAUAUUGGUCUGUAAUUUGAUACUUCGUCAGCAUGGCCUUUCUUGGGAAUUGGAAUUAUGUUUGAAAGUUUCCCCUCGCACGGUAGUUUACCUAUGGACAAGCUUUUGUUGAAUAAGUCACAUAAAGACGAACAAACGCUCGAUGCACAGAUCUUCAACAAUUUAGCGGGAAUUUUGUCCGGUCCAGUCGCUUUGUUUUCAUCAAGAGCUGCAAGAACGUAGUAGACCUCCUCGGAUGUUAGCGUGAUGUUGGAGAUUGCAUCCGAUUUAGUGAUGGAGUCGUCAGUCGAGUUGAAAAAAGUAUGUUCAUCAUUAUUGCUAUGAGAAGGUUGGAAAACGGAGUAGAAAUAGCAAUUUAGUAGAUUGGCGAUGUCGGCUGGGUUGUUGGCUGUAGAGGUUACUCCAUCAUGAUCAGACCAAGUCAUUUUGUUGGGAACGCUCUAGGUCUUACGAACGGACUUAAACACUGACCAAAACUUCUGGCUACUUGACUUCAAUAAGGCGGGCAUGGAUUCAAAAAACUGUUUCCUUUUGUUGGUGAUGACGUAUUUUGUUACUCGUCGUAACUCUCGAUACUUUUGCCAAAGGUUGGAGCACAACCUACGCUUAGCAUUACGUCGGAACCAGUUUUUUCGAUUGAGUAGAUGUUUUACUUCACCGUCAAACCAUGGGGGAGUGCUACGUCUUUUAAAUGACUUUUGUGGAAUGUGUUUAGCAGCCGCACCGAGAAAUAAGCCUUUCCAUUGUAGCCAAUCAGCAUUGAUAUCGUUAGAGGUGGUUUAGUGUCUCAUGCAGAGAAUCCCAGUCAGCGGGGUGAAAGUCGAAAACAGUUCUUUUAUCGUAUCCAGUUGACUUUAAAUUAUGUAAAAUGUCAAAGAACAAAAGAUGGGAACACGGGUGGAGUUCCAAGUUAAGACUGGAAAAUUGAAAUCACCAGUGAUAAAAACUUUAUCGUAAUGUGAUGUUGUUUCAAGAAAUGACGUAAACAACUCGAGCCAUUCGUUAAUGUCACAGCUUGGUGGUCGGUAGCAAACACAAACGAGAGCUUUCUUUGAGUUAGCCAUUUCGAGUUCGAUUGCAAUUAACUCAAGACGGUCUGACCAGUUUGGACUAUUUUUUCCAGCAGUAAGUCUGUUGUAAGAGAUGUUGUCACGCAAAGCUAUAAGAACUCCACCACCGCGUUGGUUAACCAACCGAUCUUUCCUGAUAAUAUUAUAACCGUUUGGAAGUACCUCGUUAUCCGUAAAAUUUGCAUUUAGUCAUGUCUCCGUCACCAGAAUUAAGUCAAGUUCCUCUGCGUAAACCAAGUCUUGAAAAGAUCGUAAGUUACUUGCGUACGUUCUUCCAUCUUGAAACUUUCUAGUACUUCGAAUACUUUGAGCAUUGAAGGAAAGGCAGUGAAGGUAUAGAUUAUUGUUAGGGCCAGGGUUAGUAGCAAUGUCAUUAGACAGAGAUAUUAGGAUAAUUGAUAUAGAAAAGUUCAUGGCAACAUGGCGACCACUGAAUAAUUUCAUAUCUGACGAGAGAGGUUUGGUGAACGCUGAUCGACAGGAAAUAUUCAAACGAGAAUAUUGGUUUGAGUGAGGAUUUGACAACAAAUGUAACACAUGUAGAGUUUUACAGUUGAGGUCGGCGGGAGUAGAAUGGGACAAGUCUCUGGAAAAACUUUUAAUAAGUAGAGGUAUAUAUUUAGUAUGAUCAGUAAAUUACGCGGGGUGAAAAUCAAUGCAACAAACGCCAUAGCUGAACGGCGAUAAUUAUAUUGUCAGUGGAAAUCCCGCAGCUGAUGUGAAGAUGGUCUCAGAUAUCAGCGACCAAGGCUAAAGUUCAACAGUUCAACAAAGACGAUCUUGCAAGCGUAAAAUGAUCAAUACACAUUCGUGAAUAAAUUCGAAAAACGUUAAAUAUGGUAAUUACCGGGAAAUGGCAGUAUCACGAAGAAUUGGAGAUAUAAAAAAGUCACAAUAUGAUAUAUAGUUUAGGACUUUGACUGUGGACGACAGGCGAUCACUUGUACAUAGUUGUUGUCAUGGCAGACGACGCUAGACGUAAUGUGAAUAUACAAAAUUUCCAACGGUCAAAAUAAUAAAAUGAGCGUGGUUUAAAUUCAGUUGAACCAAACGACACCAAAAACUUGACACGAUGACAGUAACAGAAAACGUAGUACACAGAGAGAGAUUUAAAUAAAUCCAGUACACGGAAGACGAGAUAAUGACAGAAAACCAAAAUUCACGAUUUGUAGCGAGACACAACAAAAUUGACGGCGGACAAAGACGGGUGAUCCAAUAUAUGAGAAUAAUUCCAACGAUAAACUGCUCACAAAUAUAUCCACCGAAACACUUAAACUUUAUGAUCAAUUUGAUAAUAUGUUUGAUUGACUUUGCACCUAUUAAGAGGUAACAAAUUUACGAAAUCAACGCACACCGAAAAGUUGACCCGCUAUAUUACCCGUUCUAGUAAGAACGGUUACUGGAACACCGUGAAUCUCAAGACACUCUCUCCAGGAAUAUUGUUCCAUGUCACUAAAUCAAAUCUGUAUGUUGUUGUAGUUGAUUUUGUUGAAUAUCUACAACUGAUUUCAAUUUCAAAUUUUGUGCUUUUAAAAUUCUGUUUUUUCCCUCUAGGACGUUUACUUUUUCUAUUAAAUCAUAAUAUUGAGCACUGAGAAACUGAAUAGAAUUUAGAACCUGUUCCAAUUUGCCGUUCAAAGGAUCCAAAUUUUUAUCAAGCAGUUUUUCCAUGUUUCUCCUUUAAUUCGUCAGCUUGUGCUGCGUCUUGCUUUUAUUUAGUAGAGCUUCAAGUUCUAGACAUCAUUCGAGAUUAUUAUUAAACAAAAAUCAUGCAAGUACGAUAAAAAUUUCAGUUUAAUAGACACAUUUCAGGAGCUGAAAAAUAUGCCGCCAUCUUGAGUAGCCCCCAGGUCAUAACUGAGUACAGACAGCCUUCAAUGAACAUAUAUCAUUAUCUGACAUGUUUUCACUCUGUAUUUCAGGCCAGUGCGACUUCGAAUGAACUUCAAAACCAACAUGGAAAUGAUUGGAAAAAGAUUUCCUUAUCUGGCGAAGUACAAGGUAUAGAUUCUUAAACCAACACUGCAGUCAAACGUCUGCGUAUUGACUGCUUGCACUGGAGUGACUAGAAAUAUUAUUGUCUUCACGAAGCUGUAGCAAAAAUUGUAAAAUAAAUUACGAGAGCAUAAACCUGCUAUAACUUCGUCUUUGCCCUAUUUAUUAGCAUGAUUUUUUUUUCUUGGCUCAAUUCGUUAAAAUAUUUUUUAUCCAUGUUGUUACAAAUUUUUCCCGAAGUAAAAUUUGUGGCUGCCUGUUAGAAAGAACAUUUCCCAAUCAAGUUAUUUUUGGUGGUCUUUGUAUUCUUGUAUUCCCAUUGAAACGUUUUCUCUUGUACCCGCAAAGAUUUCACCAUGUUUCCUUGAUCUCUUGAAACCCUGGGAAACCCUUAUGGAAUAGACUGAAUGAUGAUUUAUUACAAAUGUGAAUCAACGUUUGUUACAUGCUUAGAAUUUAAUUAUUUACUUAUCGCAUCCUACAAAUACUACAUUACUCUCCCUCUAUUUUUUUAACUGAAUGUCAACCACUUAAUAAAAUGUCCUUGCCUUAUAUUCCUACUUAUGUAAAUCAACAUUGUCUGAUGUUUCUAUAUCAUAUCGUUUUACUGUUUAUAACAUCAAAUCUGGUACUAUAUUGUAUUACCGGUCUUUUCAUUCUUGUUGAUCUCCUUGCACUUGGUUCUUGCUUUGGUGGUUUCUCUGUUUCUGUCGAUCUUCCCGGUGCUAUAUCUUCCUGCUCCUCCUCGCUUUCCUCCAUUACUACCUUCUUAAAGUGUUAAACGUUUCUUGUCACCGUCUUACCAUCUCUUUUAGCUAUGAUGGUGUUGUGCUUACGUUGUUCUACCGUAUAAUGUUCUCGUUCAAACUUUAAUGUUAACUUAUUGUUCUUCUUCUGUUUGCAAAUGACGAUGUCACCCGUUUUUAUACCAGCUUCCUUUGUUCUUUUGUUUCUGUUGUAGUACUCUUUGUUCUCUUCUUUCUUCUGCUCCAAAUGCUGCUUCGCCCUCUUGUGUCUAUUAACUACUUUUUCCUUGUGUGUUCUGGUAAAUAUCCCCGAAUUUGUCUGUUAAAAAGUAGUUCACACGGAGCGACUUUAGUAGUUUGAUGAGGAGUUGAAUGGUAUUGAAGUAGAAACCUUUGCAGUUCUUGGUUCCAAUCCUUUCCUUCAAUUUCUGCUGUUUUCAAGAGUUUUCCAAUUGGUUUCAUAAAUCUUUCUACGAUGGCAUUACCCAUAGUGGGGCCAUAGUGGUGUAAUUGUUUUCCAUUCAAUACCAAGGGUUUUAGUGUAUGUUUCAAAUUCUUUCCCAUUAAGUGGUGGUCCAUUGUCAGUUUUUAUUUUUGAUGGUAAAUCCAUAACUGGCAAAUAUCGUAUCUAACUUGCUUCUGUUGAGUUGACUAUUUCUACCUCUGGGAAUUUUGAGUAGGUAUCGAUAACCACUAGCUAGGUAUUGACCAGUUCUGGUUACUGGACCAUAGAAGUCGAUUGCUACACUAGUUCAUGGUUUGUCUUCGGUUGGUGUUAUUUUCAUUGGCUCCGGGUUAUUACCGUGACCUACUGAUUGGCAAGGAAUGCAUUUGUCUACCAUUUCUUUCACUCGUUUGUCCAUAUUUGGGUACCAGAUCUUUUCGCGUAGUAAGCAUUUCGUUUUCUCAAUUCCCUGAUACCCGAUAUGACCUAAUUUUGUUGCUCUUUCGUGUAAUGUUGUUGGAAUGACCAGCCGUGCGUUCUUCAACAGUAUACCUGCUGAUGUAUUGUACGUAAGUUCGUCGGCGCAAAGUCUAAACGGUUUAAGAUCAGGAUCGUUCUCAUCCCAUUUCCCCUCUUUCAGACAUUUCUUAACUUUUUGUAAUAUUGGAUCGUUAUGGGUUGCUUUUUUAAUCUCGUCAAGUGUCAUUGACUUUGGAACUGAACAGUUAGUUACAUGGUUCACAUAUUCUUCUGCUGAUGUACUAGUUAUUUGUUCUCUCUCUAUAACAGCUGGAUGUCUACUUAAGUAGUCAGCUUCGUUUAAGGAUCCUUUGCGGUAAAUGACUUUGAAGUUGAAUGGUUGUAAUCGCAUCAUCCAUCUCUCGAUGCGGGCUGGUGGUCUGGAUCUUAGGUUAUUGAAUAUAGGUUCCAAUGCUUUAUGACCAGUUGUCACAUCGAAUUCUGAUCCAAUCAAGAACAUUCGAAAAUGCUCAAUUCCCCAUACUAAGCUAAGUUCUUCAAUAUCUGUUUGAGAGUACCUUGCCUCAACUGGGCUGGGUGCUCUGCUGGCAUAUGACUGCUGGCUGUGAUGUUCUUUCUGUGCUAGUAUUGAUCUAAUUACAUAAGGGGAGCCAUCUACGAUUACUAGACUUCGUUUCUAUGUAUCGAAAUAUGCCAUAACUGAGGUACUUGUUAGUUUCUUUUUCGGUUGCUCAAAUGCUUUCUGAUGUCUAUUUUCCCACUUAAACGCAAUGUUUUUCUUGGUUAGUUCUCUUAGAGGUGCUGUAAUAGUUGCAUAAUCUGAAAUGUAUUCGUGGCAAGUGUUGGCCUUUCCCAGAAAACUUCUAACUUCUCCAGCAGUUUUGGGAGCUGGUACUCUAACCAUGUUCUCAAUUCUCUCAGGAUCUGGUUUGGUUCCUGCUGCUGUAAAUUUUAAUCCAAAGAACGUAAAUUCGUCUUGUAGAAAUUCACAUUUUUUCCCUUUUACUUUCUAGUUUAGUGCUGCUAGCCGUUUUAGACAGUUCUCUAGUGCUUCAUCGUGUGACAUUCGGGAUUUACCAUGAAUAAUAAUAUCAUCCACCAGGUUUUUCACUCUGAUAUCGCUAAGGUUUUGUUGUAGCACAUUUUGGAAUAUCUCGGCUGCACUGUUUGUACCGUAAUUUAAUCUUUUAUACUGGAACAGUCCUUCAUGGAUGGAAAACGUUGUAAUGAAUCGACUGUCCGGGUGUAGUUUGAGCUGGUGAUAUGCUAGCCUGCAUGGCAGGCGGUUCCUAAAAUUGGGCAAGCCUGGGAAAUACCGCCUGCUGGGUUUGGCAGUGUAAUCGAAUUCCCCGUCCACCAGUGGACGGGAAUUGAUGAUUGGCUGCGAGUCUGAGCCGCUGUCACUCAAAAGUGAAUACACUUUAAUAUGUAAACAUACGAUUGACACUUUAAUGUGCAUGCGUUCGCUUUAAUUAAUAGGUGUUGUAAAACUGAACGCUUCUCGAAAGUCGAAACGCGAACUGAUUGUCAAACGCGAGCAAGAGAUAGCAGUUAAAGAUUUACUUCUUGGAAAGAAUGUUUUGGCCAUUCUAUGGGAAAAGCUUGAUUUUUACAUUGUUCUUGUUGGCGCGAGAAACUAUAACGAGAAUAGAUACAGGCGGCCGUAUAUAGUCUUUCUUGCAACGAGUUUUACAUGUAUAACAAUAACAGGACUAUUACGCCUAGGCUUAUUAUCCGCUUCACUCUCUGAACUUUUUAAGGCUUUCGUUACCACACAGCUUCGAUCGUUAGGGAGAUGAGACAGUUAAUAUUGGCAACUGAGGUUUUUAAUAUACAACUGUCUAUUUGUUCGAACGUACACAGGCAACGCGUUUAUGUCUCGUUUGAUUAUGGCAAUCAGUUCGCUUGCAUUUCGGAUAUUUUCGCUCACACGGUUUACAAACUUGGUCGGAUAGUUCCGAGGUAGAUUUAACUUCGAUUCCUAAAUGAUUCGGCUUAUUUCGGCCAAGGUUUUACCACUGUCGUAACGUUUCUUUUGCUUGCCUUAAUUAAAUAAAUAAUUUCUCCGACGAUAUAUAAGAAUAUAAGAUAUUUUCUCUAUUAGCGUAUUGCCCCGUACUUUAGUUUCAAAGCACACUUAAACAAACGACAAGUCAUUUACAUUUUCCGCGCUUGCUUUUCUACCUGAAACUUUCAAUGGCGUUUCUUUCGACAUAUUUUUAUACAUUUGCAAUUUUGCGACCAAACAAUAACAUAGUUUGACAGUUUGAUUAUUAAUAUAUUUAGUGUUUGCUGACUGGCUAAUUGGACCCGGACAAAAAAAGUGGGCGGUUAUCAAAUUACACUGCCAAACCCAGCAGGCGGUAUUUUAGACCGCCUGCCAUGCAGGCUAGUGAUGUGCUUGCUUUAGGUCACUCUUUGAGAAAAAUUUUGUUCCAUUUACCUCAGCUUUAAAAUCUUGUAGAGUUGGCAUUGUGUGUCUCUCUCUUUCGAUUUCGGUUUGCUUCCCCUCAUGUCUACACAUAGUCUAAUACCUCCGUCUUUCUUUGGUGUGACGACUAUUGGAGAUAUCCAUGGUGUUGGGUGAUUGGCGACUUUCUCGACAAUGUCUUGCUCUUCUAGUUUCUUUAGUUCCUUAGAAACAUCCUUUCUCACAUGAUAUGGUAUACGUCUUUGCCGCUGCAUAACUGGUUUGACAUCGUCUCGGAUAUGAAGUUUAAUUUGUUGGUUGUUCAAUUUUCCUUGCCCCUUGAAAACUAUACUAUAUUUGUUUAUGAUUUCUUGUAUUUUUGGGUCUUUUGAUUGAGGAACACUUGUGUUGAUUUCUGGAUUGGUCUCGCAUGCAGUGCUGUGUGUAUUGUUUUGACCAAGGCCAAAUCUUGGGCUGUUUUAGCACUUAGUAAAUUUCCUCCUGCACUGUCUAUUACAUAUAUUUGCGACACGGUAUAACGCUUUUUCGAUUCGAGUGUUGCUUGAAAUUGUCCGUUUAGAAGCAGAGGUGUGUGAAAUCCAUGUGCGUAGAUUUUAGUUGAACUUUUACGUAAUGAACUUUUCCUCUUUAAUUUCGCGUAUGUCGUAGAAUCAAUAAUGUCAACAGUCGCGCCAGUGUCAACCAAAAAUAAAACGUCCUGUCCAUUUAUUUUUACGGUCGCGUGUGUCUUCUCCCUCGUUUCUGGCGAUACUGUGUAAACAUAAUCCUCUUCUCUCGAGCUUUCAGUAUUUGGUUUGCUUUGUGAUAUUCCGACAGCAUUUGCUUGUUGUUUUCGUUGUUUAUUCUCAUCCCAUCGUGAUUGGCGCCUUUUGUUUGGCGAGAUAAAACCUUGCGUUUGUAAUUUCUCAAGGUUUCCCUUACUUGCGAAAGAUUUUCCUCGUGUACGACAGACUUUAGCAAAGUGGCCUUUAUUCUGCAGUAUAGUUACAAAUAGCAGACUUCGCUGGGCACGGUUAAUUGUCGUGUGGAUACUUGAAACCGCAGUGAUAACACUUUUUCUCAGUGGGCGUUGUCAUAGCCAUUGCAUUUAUAUUUUCCCUUGUUUUGAAUUGUUCUUCGAUCCCAACGGCUUGAGCUGAACUAGUUUCGUAUUUUCGUCCAUCGAUUAACAUGUUUGCCAAACUAUAUUUUGGGUCUUGUAGUGCUUGAUUUGUAAUCUUGAAGAAGUGCCGUUCGUAACAAUCUGCAUCUUAAUUUCAAAAUCUAUGUUUGUAAAUUCGCAGUAUUUUGCCAAGCCUCGUAAAAGCGUAUGAAAUUCGUCGAUUGAUUAAUUCCUCUUUGCCUUGCGUCGCUUGUCUAAAAAUAUAGGCGCGAUAUAUAACGUUUUUCUCUGGUUCAAAAUACUCCGUCAACGCUUUCACUGCUGAUCAUGACUUAAAAUCUUUAGUUUCUUCUAGAGUCUUGAAAAUUUCGUGUACUUCGGGCUCCGCCUGAUACAAUAAUAAAGCUCGCUUUCUCGCAUCGUCUUUAAUAUCUGCUGCAAGUAAAUAUGUGUUGAAUCUCUCCAGCCAUCGUGUCCAUCUCGCACUUGUACUUGUAGGAUCACUCCUAGGUUCAAAAGCAGGCAUAGGCUGUAUGUUUUGUGCCGCCAUUCUUGUUUCCGUUAUAUUUUUUACGCUGUUUAUUUUUUACAUCCUCGUCGCCAUUAUAGAAUAGACUGAAUGAUGAUUUAUUACAAAUGUCAAUCAACGUUUGUUACAUGCUUAGAAGCUAAUUAUUAACUUAUCGCAUCCUACAAAUAGUACAACCCUCACCUCUGAUUUCGAAACCUAUCAAUUAACUGAUUUACAAUAAUUAUUUGUAUUUAAUUUUGCCUCGACUUUUGUACUAACACAAUGAGUUACCUAAGGUUCAGUACGGUGAUUAGAAGAUAAUAAGCCUGUACAGCACUUACCGCUCAUGAGCGAUUAAAUUUUAAAUUGUCUUUGCUGUACCUCUAGGGAAAACUAUGUGUAUAACAGAUGGCGCUAUCUCUAGUUCAAAUUAAGUUAGCUUAGCUGUCGUUCACCCUAUAGGUUGGUGUUACUAGCGAGGGAUUAUUGAAAGCCGUUGAUCUCACGUAUUACACUGCUUGUGGAAAUGCGACUACAGAUUCUUUAUUGGCAUAUUUUUCUGUCAUGAUGGAUAAUGGUGAGUUUUAUUCACGGGAAUUACUGACACGUGUGCUAUUUUCGCACGCGUUAAUUUGUUUUCGCGUUAAUUUCAGUAUUUGCGCGUUAAUUUUGGGUAAUUUUCUCAUACCUUGUAUGAUUUGAUUGGACGAAAGUUGUUCUUACGUGUGAGAAAAUUGUUUCCCUUUUCUGAUUAGUUUUGUCAAUGGUGAAGCGAUUUUUCGCAGUUAUAGUAAAGCCAUUCGGAACUAUAUAUAUGGUUUAUUAUAUAAUAUCAAAACACCUCCCUUCUCAAUAAACCUCCAUCUCCAAAAAAGGGAGUCAGCUGAGCAGAUUAAUCACAAUAUCACUGAAUUUUUUUCAAAAUCCUUAUCAUGGAAAUACUAUGGACCUUCGUUGGAAAUAUUAUGGAGACUGAAUUUUCGUACUAAUUGCAAUUUCCAUACUAUGUGUAUAGUAUCGAAAUAAUACUAGAAAAUACAUGCAUGCAGCAACCCCUCGCCUUUCGUAACAGAUGAAGUAUAAAAACCGCACAUAAAGUAUUAAGACCAUUAUAAACAAACACAAAAACACAACUGAUGCCGUGAUGCGCUAGCUUUAUGAUGAACGAUAACAUUCACUGCAAUUUCAUGCAUACCAGCUUUCAUGCAUACCCACAAAGCAAGUACAGCAUGGCAUUUUACUACUGAAAUGUUUACACUUACCCAAACCGGCACAGCGACGAUUAAAUUUAUAAAUUAUCAAAGAUAUCAACAUCAAAACAUCAAAACAAUUUUUAUGCAAACUUUGUUUCACGGUUGAACAGCCACUAAUUCAUGAAACUGCAGGCUUAUUUCCAGUUAAAAUCGAGGAAAAAAGUGUUGUACUUUCUUAAAAUUUUAACGAAAUUUAAAACAAAAAAUUGCUUGUAAAACAGCAAAAUACGUCCUUUCAAAAUGAACAGCAAUUUACUUCGACAGAUUUUGCACUCGCGCAUGCGCACAUAACGUCGAAAACCGUCCAUGACAUAAACAAAAUGGAGGACAACUUUGCGCUCUGCUAUGUUUUCACAUACUCGGGUAUAAUUAGCCGUGCGGAAUUAAUACCCUCGCACGGCGCUUCGCGCCGCCGGCUCGGGGAUGAAUAUACUAUGGAUUUAGUAAUGUAAUUGCAUAUUCCGUAGCAUGGAUUUCACUAUACUUUGUCCAGUGUACUUUGCUAUAUAUUUGUAUUUUUUCAAUAUUUUUCUCUGUUUCCUUACGUUCAGCGUAUUAUUGUGAAAACUGGAAAUAUCGAGGUGUGCCAUGCAAGACGAACACUGCAGCCAACGCCUUCGUACGCUCACCAGGUACUGUAGGUUUUAGGGGCCAUGCAAAAUUUAUUUUAUACUUGGCGGAGCAAAAGGGGGCGAGGCACAUACUUUUUUGAGCUGAUUAGAAGUGGGGCACACAGAUUCUUUCUGCCUUGCAACUGCGUAGAAGCGGGGCACAAAUAUUUUUUUCUGUCUUACAAGGUGUGGCACACACCUAAUGAAUGUAUUAUUGCAUCAUGUGUCAGCACAGACGUUUGAAAUGCCUUGUUCUAUUCGUUAGUGGCAGAAUCUUCGUCCGAUGAAGAGAUAAAAUAACUACAAAUGAGAGGCCAUGGCGCGGUUUAUUCCCUUUAUCACAGUGUCAGACCUCCCACACAUUUCUGCGAUUUCCUCUAACAUGGUAAACAACGCUACGGUAAGCACAUGCUGCACAAGCUUUCUUUACUGACAGUAGUGCUGGGCAGCACCUUUUUAUGGCAAAGUUCCGAGCGGAGCUGCAGUUUUUAUCACACCAAUCUAAGAGGUGCUUCAAAAUUGGCCCGGGUACAAUAAAUUUUGUAUGACCCCUUACUGCCAUAGAGAUAUCUGUCGGAAAAGACCACAUUCAUAAUGGAGAUGGGUUUAAAUACUUUUUACUUGAAUUUUGUUAGGCCUUACUGCCAUCGUUUGGGUUACAUAAUUCUAAUUCUAAAAUUCUGGCAGGCAUUAUAGAACAAGCCAUUAUAAUUUCAAAAUUAAAUUUGCUGCCUCCUGUUUGUGAUGCAACUAUACCAAGAAAAUAGGACUGACUUCAUUGUUAUCUAGCUAGUGCUUAACACUGAAAGUGAUUGGCUGAUCUGUGAUCAUGUGGGUUUAGUGAAACUGAUGUCCCAUGUUUACAAACAGGUGAAACUGAAGUCCCAUGUUUACAAAUAAGGUUUCUCCAGUUUAUUAAAAGAAUACAGCUUCUAACAGGGAAUUGAAGCAAAUGAAUGAACAUAAUUCUUAACGAGGAUACCAACUUCACAAGUAGUGGUUUACAUGAAACUACACAACAAUCAGAAGGAAAUACUACUGAAACCUUUUUAUCAGGUUCUUUUAAUUUAAUUAAAAGAAUUUAUAUUAAAUUAAAGAGUUUUCAUUCAUAAAAUAGAAUUGUUGUGUCAGUGUUGUUUAAUUUCACUUCGUCGCUAUGUAACAAAUUAAACAUUUAUUAUUAUGUUAUAAACUGUAAUUGUUAAAAUUUAUGUUUUCUUGCAUCUCAUUUGGCAAGGGUCUAUUACGUGAAAUUCUACUCCUGGAAGCAGGUCUGACAAUAUAAUCGUCGAGUUACAAAGAAAGUUUUGAACGUUUUCUGUUUCUUUUGGUUUUUAUUUUGUUAAUGACUUUCCGACACUUGGUACAUGAUAUAAGACUUAUUGAAACAGUGUUUUUUUGUGGACCCUCGACUGCCAAUGUUUCCCUCUGGUCCACUUCGUUCGGUCCCAGACAAUAAGUGUUAAAUGUCUAUUCCCUCAGGAAAUAGUUCGACCUCCACUUCGUCUCGCGAAACAUUAUAACUCUCGGUAAAACAAAGCUACCUAUUAGCCUCGGUAGCAGAUAUGUGUGCAAUGUUUUGACGGUCUGCAAGUUAGUACUAUACUUUGUUGUUUCCAGGAACUUUGCCAGCGACAUUUGUUAUUGAGACAGUGAUGAAUCACGUGGCUAAGGCACUGAAUAAGAGCCCGGAUAAAAUCCGUGAAAUUAAUUUCUAUAAGAAAGGACAGGUAAAGGUUUUAAUUUAUGUAAUAUUGUUAUAGUGUGGACAAACUGUUAUAUUUAUUACAAUCAAAAACUUCAUCAUGAACGAGAAAUUACACAAUUAGUAAAAUUAAUAUGCAAAAUUAAUACUUUGAAACGGUGCGUCCGGGAAAUGUCGGCGACAUGAACCUGAUCUGCACGAAUUAUGACGAAUAUGAAGAAAGCCCCCCCCCCCCCUAAAUAUAUAAUCAUAAGUUCUAAAUAAAUGAUUACGUGACAAUCAAACCUAGCACUGAUUAGACCUAUGGUAGUCCCCGAGCGGACGGCGCGAAGCGCCGUGCGAGGGUACUAAUCCGCACCGGCUAUUUACACCCGGAGAAACGAAAGCAUUAGCGAAGUCUAAAGUUCAUCAAAUAUCGCGGGCGUGGCUCACCAACGAUGUUUCGGUGGGUGGUCAUUCUCACUGAUCUCAAAAAUAUGGCGGACUGUCAUGAAUUGCGGACGCUGAUUGGUCCAAUUUAAAGUUUGCAUUAUAACGACUGCAUGACGACAGCGAAAUAGCAAAGUAAGCAAACAUUUCCUGAUCUUAUUCUUGUGAUUUGAUGAUUGAUAAAUUUCUUGCAAAUAUAUUUCAUUUUUUCUCGCAUUUUUUCAAGAUUUUGUAAGUUUCAACAGCUCUCAAACUGCAAAAGUAUCGGCCAAAAGAAGGGAGCCGACGUUAACGAAGGUAAGUUUGUUUUAAAUAUUGAUUUUAUAAUGGCUUUAAAACCCGACGGCCUUCGCGUAUAUGAAACAACUAAACAAGACAGCAUAUAAUUCACUAGUGUAUCUUUAAUAUUGAUCCCUUUGUUAUGAUAUUGAAUUUUUUAAAUAAAGAAGAAAGCAAAGUUAUUUGCAAGCGCGAAUUUGAAAUCAUUUUAUUGCAAACACAAAUUUUAUCGAUAAAGCAUUUUAAAAGGCAGCUAUUUAGUUUUAUAAAGAACACUAGUGACUUUAAAACGUUUUGCGAAGCGUUUGUGGUUGAAUUUUACCUUAAAUUGAGGCUUAUAUUACGUAUAAUAACAUACCUAACAUAUAUAUGUUGGGAAAUUAAUAAUUUUGUAAUCAAAAGCGAUAUUUUUAAGCGAUUUUUCAUUUGUAAGAAUAUUCUUAAAAAAUUAUCGUGUUACCAUGAUAACUACUUUAGAUACUUCAUGUUCGGCAAAUACAAUGGUUUGUCAGCAAGGCGAGGGUUUCUGCAUGUAUGUAUUUUCUAGUUUGUUUAAUCACUUUUAGUGCUGUGCACGUGUGAAGAAUGGGGUCAUUCAUACUUUAAAUAUCAUUCAUACCUGUAUUUUAAAAGCUGAUUAACACUUAAAGAGUGGAGGUUCAUCCUCAAUAAGGGACCGUUCAUUAUUUAUACCUGGGGUUGGUACCGAAGAGAAGCGAAAAACACUGUAAUUUUUUUAUUUACCCAACCUCAACAUUGGUCAAAAUAAUGUUUACCCAACCCAUGUGUUACUGUACUUAAUAAUUAAACACACAAGAUUAUAUGGUGACAGAAAUCAAGUUGCCUAAAUUUUAAAAGCUCACUCAGACUCAAACUCACUGAGUGUGCCAAUGGAACCACGUUCCUGCUGAUCAAUAAUAGAGUCCUUCCUCAAUCACUGAUAGUCUACUUUGGUACAGAAUGUAUUGUGCACAUUUUUCUUCAUAUUUUCCAAUGCAUGGUAAUUUCGGUUUUAUUUUAUAGCUGACAGACAGCCACAAAUUUUUUUACCCAACCCAUGAGCUAGUCAAAAACUUGAUUACCCAACCCAUAUCUCUUCGGUACCAACCCCGGGUGUAAAUAAUGAACGGUCCCUAAGUUUAAUUAACUCAUCAUUCAUCGAGUCUCCACUCACACUCACAUAUUAUGAUACUACACUCACACUCCAGUUAUUCAAAAACAGCACUUACGCUCAAGGGAAGCUCAAAUUUGGAGUGAAGUGUGAGCGAAAGGUAUACAUCCCUUGACCGACACUCACAUUGCAUGAGCGUAGCAAACAUGACGGUGGAUGGAUAAAUAGACUAGAAAAUACGUGUAUGCGGAAACUCCUCGCCUUGCUGACAAAACCAUUGUAUUUUCCGAACAUGAAGUAUUUAAAGUAGUUGUCAUGGUAACACGAUAAUUUUGUUAAGAAUAUUUUUACAAAUGAAAAAUCCCCUAAAAAUAUCAAUUCAAUUCCCCAUACAUAUGUGUUAAAAUACAAAACAUAUGAUAAAAAAUAUGAUACAAUAAUUAGGUUGUUUAUUAUUGGAGUUUCACUUGUUUUGUAUUUUAUUAAAAUACUCAGUGGUUCUAAAAAUAUAUAUGUUAAGGUAUUCCGCAGUUUUGCAUUGCGCACUUUUACUGCGCACGGCUUAUAACUUAUAAUUCCAUCCAUUAUACGUACCAUUUAAAAAAACCAACAUUUUAUGACAAUUUUAUGUUACUUCAAAACAUCUUUGGUGACAUUAGUGCAAAGAAUUACGUUAAAAUCAAUGUUUUCAAAAAAAGCAUAUACAAAAGUGUAGCUAUGGUUCCAUGUGUCUGUAGUAUGUUUACUUGUAUUUCACGUUUUAAUGCCACAAUUCCUUAAAAAGAUCGGUGACCCCCGUUUUUUAACUGACAAUUUAUUUCUUUAAUGUAUUUUACAUUUCAUAUCCGAAAUUAAAAGAAAAAUCAUUUCUGAAUCUUGAUAAAAAAUGCUUUGUCAAUGCCUGUUCUCAAAGAAGGAUAUGUAGAGAAAUGUGCAAAAGACAUUUGUGGAUCAGAAUUGUACACGUUAGUAGUUUGAUUUUGCUCAAAACACAAUAUUUUUUCAAAAAUAAUUACAAGAUAGGUUUACUAUAGCAAAAUCCGCGCUAAAAACGUCAAUAUAAAUAUCGGGCUGUUGUGAUUUUGCUGUUACUCGUAAUGAGCGUCAAGAUGGCGCCAUAUUGGGGUAAAGGUGGUAUAUUGUGAUUGUUAUAUCUUCUUAACGAGUUCGGUGACCCCGACUUUUUCUGUGAUUUUACUUUAAGUAUAUCAUAAACUCCAUGCCUGGGAAGUUUCAGCACAUUCUCAUUUCGGGAACAAUUACUGCGGAAUUACCUUAAGUAUGUUAUUAUACGUAAUAUAAGUUUCAAUUUAAGGUAAAAUUCAACCUCAAACGCUUCCCAAGUCGACGUUUUAAAAUGUUCUUUAUAAAACUAAACUGGCUUUAAAGGCUUUAUCGGAAAACUUUGAGUUUGAAAUAAAAUUAUUUCAAAAAACAGCGUUGCUUUUUUAAUAUAAUAAAAAAGGUUAUUCAAUAAAGAACACUGAAAUCAUAUGCUGUCUUUUUCAUUUAAAAUAUACGCAACGAUCAGCUUCAAAGCCGUUAUAAAGCGAACAAUGCAUCAAUAUUUAAAACAAACCUACCUUCGUUAACGUCGGUGCCUUACUCCCUUCUUUUAGUAAUUCUUUCGCCUUUAUUUUCUUAAAAAGCUUUCGAAAUUCACAAAAUCUUGCAAAAAUGGAAUAUAUUUGCAAGAAAUCAUUAUUCAUCAAUCAUCAAAUCAAGAAAUGCUUGCUAUUUCGCUGUCAUCAUGCAGUCGUUAUAAUGCAAACUUUAAAUUUGACCAAUCAGUGUCCGCUAUUCAUGACAGUCCGCCAUAUUUUUGAGAUGAGUGAGGAUGGCCACGCACCGAAACUUCAUUGGUAACCCACGCCCGCGAUCAUUGAUGAACUUUAGACUUCGUUAAUGCUUUUGUUUCCCCGGGUGUAAAUAGCCGGGCGGAAUUAGCACCCUCAACCCAGGCUUACGCUCGGAACGGAGCUCCGCGCCGUUGGCUCCGGGAUUAGCAUUACUGGAAAUCAUUCCUCAAAACAAUGUAAAUGAAAGAAGACAGUACAAUUACACCCACUGUUAAAAUUAAGUGAGAUACAUACAAUUCGGAUAGCCCAGGUCCGCGAUCAUUGAUGAACUUUAGACUUCGCUAAUGCUUUCCUUUCCCCGGGGAUAAAUAGCCGGGCGGAAUUAGAACUCUCGCCCCGGGCGCUCCACGCCAUUGCAACUUACUCAGUUUAAAGUGAUUUUUCCAAGUCGGGAAAAUAUUGCCUACUUUGUGCCAUACUUGCAAACCAUGCAGCUUGUGCAUUUUUUUAAAGGCUAUGCGAUUCAAUACCAGCUUAUUAUAACGAAUUGCAUUACCCGAAGGUAGAACUCCGUCAAGUUCCUGUUCAGUUAUCCCCUUUAAUACAACUAAUAAACAUUUGAGUCGCAAAGAGUGCUCUCUCAACGAGUGGAACUUUGGGCUAUGUUUACAUUGCAUCGGUCGGUUUUCGCUCUGUUCGCAAAAUGUUACAGCCCAAGUGUAAACAGCUUCCGCUCAGCAUAGCAAGUUUUUGUUUGCUAGACGCCAUCUUGAGUCAUGCAUUGAAGCGAAAAUUGCUCCGAUUGGUGUUAACAUUACAAUGAGAGCGUUGCAAAAACCAAUUUGAUACAGCGCGCUCCACUUCGAAGAGAGAACUGCCGCACCACCGGUUCGUUGCAGAAAUUGAGACGAUAACAUUUUAUAUGUAAACAGAAGCCUGGUUUUUGCGUCGAACGCAAAGUGAUCCGAGACAAUGUGAACAUGGCCUUACGCCCGUAUUCGACAAGCUCACUCACACUAAAUGAGUGGAGGUUCAAUCUGAGCUUCUAUAUUGAGUGUCAAUGCUGUUUUUAAAUAGCUGAAGUGUUAGUGUCGUAGUUUACUAUGUGACUACUAACCCUCCAGCUUUUCAAAAACAGCAGUGACACUCAAUAGAAGCUCAGAUUGAACCUCCACUCUUUAAGUGUGAGUGUGAGUGAGCUUUUAGAAUACGUGCGUAAAUCUUUAGACUCAUACUCCACGUACUCGCUCUCACGCUUGAACACGACUAUAACGGCACUCACUCAAGCAGAACUUACGCCUGUAUUCUAAACGCUCACUCAUACUCAAAGAGUGGAGGUUCAAUCCGAGCUUCCGGUGAGUGUCAGUGCUGUUUUUGAAUAACUAAAGGUUAACAAGAAUGAUUUUAAUUAAAUUUCACAACAACAAUAGUGUUUCAUCGAUGAUUUAUUAGUGGGUGUAACCACCGGCGGGUAUAAAUAAAGUUUUUACUAGUACUACUAAUACUAUAUGUCAUAAAGCUAGUCAUGCAUUAAGUUUGCCACGACAGUGUGCUUCAGAUUCUUAAUUGGAUACAGCCGGCUGUAUAGUAACUUUGAGAUUAAAAAAAACAAGGCUUUUUAAUUAAAUUUAGGUAAAUAAAUAGCAUUUCUUUGUUAUAUCCGCUUUAGUUAUCCAAGAGAACCACAGUAGACAAGAAAAUAUCGUAUCGCCCGUUUCAUUUUGCAGCACUUUUUAUUCUUCCAAUUCACAACUCACAACAAUUACAAAACAUGAAAUUUAAUAGCUGUUAUCGUAAUUGAAUACGCCGCUGCGGAAUACCAGCGGUAUCGCAGUGGAAGUACGCACGAAAACGAGGCUAAAGGGUAAAAAAACAUGACCCUAUAGCCUCGUCUCGAUGUUAGAAUAAUGCAGAUACCGCUGGUACGUAGCACAUACGUAUUCAAUUACGAUAACAGCUAUUAGCCUAUUAUUCGAAUGACUUUACUAGCGCAUUUCCGCCUGGGAAUUUCGCGGGAAACAGGUUGGAAAAGUCAUUUUCAGGGGGAACAGCGGGAAAUUAAGAGAUUAACCACCGCGUGUUAAAAGAUUAAUCACCGCGUGUUAAAAUUUUGUUUACGUUUUAAAAUCAAAGCUGUCAGACAGUAAAUUUCUUGUGUUUCCAAACAGUUAUAGAAUCAUACUUCUCGACCAAUCAACGCUCGCGUACUAUAAAUGUUAUAUUUCGUAUUCCUUCCUUUUGCAGACAACAUUCUACCACCAACCUCUACCUUAUUGCAACAUAUCCAAAAUAUGGCAAGGUUAGCGAAUGAAGAAUAAUAGAUACGAAUAUAGAUUCGAAGGAUAGAUACGGCUAUCCACUAUACUGGAUGUUAAUUAGCAAAAAUACCAGAGAUGUUGUGAAACUACGAAUAGAGAACUUUCAUGAAAUGCCAGGUAUCUUUUAUCUAAUAUUUUAAAACAGAAUUUUUAAACAGAAAAGAGAUUCCUAAGAUUGCGCACAUGAAGUUACCUUACCGAUAUUUUCAAAAUUAUUGGAGAGGGUUGUGUAUAAUCGGCUAACCAAGUAUACCGAUAAGCAUGGCAUUUUAUUUGAUAACCAAUAUAGUUUUUGGAAAACUAAAUCUACUUCUUUCGCUUUACUUGAUUUAAUAGACAAGAGAUAACAUCAGCAAUUGAUAAAAAAGAAUAUGCAGUGGGGAUUUUUUUAGACCUCUCAAAGGCAUUUGAUAUUAUAAAUCAUGAAAUUCUCUUCGAAAAAACUCAAUCAUUAUGGAAUUCGUGGCCUGGCACUUAAUUGGCUGAGAAAUUAUUUUUCAAACAGACAACAAUAUGUUGAAUGCAAUGUGGUAACAUCCUCGUUUAAUACUAUAAGAUGUGGAGUACCUCAAGGGUCUGUACUUGGGCCAUUACUAUUUCUGAUAUAUAUCAAUGAAAUUUGCAAUGUCUCACAUGCCUUGGAAUUGGUCUUAUUCGCUGACAAUACCAAUCUAUUUUUUUCUGACCAUGAUCUAUCUAACUUGACCAACAUCGUAAAUAUAGAGUUACUUAAGUUGACUGAUUGGUUUAAAGCCAAUAAACUGUCUUUCAAUAUAAAGAAGUCAAAUUAUAUUAUUUUUAGACCACAGCAAAAGAGACAAAUUACUAGUUUGCCGCUGUAUAUAAAUGCACAGAUCGCACAGAUCAUGUAGUUUUUCUUGGAGUGAUCCUGGAUGAACACUUGUCUUGGUCACUUCACAUUUCGCAUAUUGCUAGCAAAAUUUCUCAAUCGGUUGGUAUCAUAUAUCGAGCAAGUUUUUGCCUCACCAAGGUAGCUCUACGUACACUAUAGGCCUACUAUGCACUUGAUAAUAAAUGUCUAUCUUUAUUUACAAUAUUGUGUAACAGCUACUGUGGGGUUCAACAUACCCUUAUAAAUUAAAUCGUCUCUUAUUGCUCCAAAAAAGGGUGAUUAGAAUUAUCAAUAAGGUAGAAUUUGAUGCCCACACUGAUCCAUCAUUUAAAGAUAAUCAAAUAUUUAAGUUCAAGGAUAUUUAUUUUUACAAUCUGAGGAAAUUUAUGUUUUUAUACAUAAAAACUUUGACAACUUGUUGUUACUAGUAAAACAGGUGCAUGGCUAUGGCUUGCGGAGAGCUGAAUUGUUAUAUGAACCAUUGUGUAGAACUAUAAGUUACGUCAAUUCUCUGUGUCCUAUCAAGGUUCAACUUUUUUAAUACACUGAGUAGCGUUAUUCGUAAUGCACCAACUCUUCAACAAUUUCAAUUCAAAUUAAGAAACUUCUUAUUCUCUCCACAAUAACAUGUUUUUAAUACUUGGGUUUUAAUACCCUAAAACCCAGAUAUGCCAAAUGUAGUUAAGUUAAGCCUAUCUGACUACUAUAGCACAGUUGUGAAUAAACUAUUGUAAUACUUUUAUAAAUGAGGAAGCCCAUAACUGAAUAAGCCUUAUGGUUUCUACUUGGGCUUCCUCGUCACAUGCAUCUUUUAUUAUGUUUGUUUUGCAAAUAAUUCCUUUUUUGUGGCAAUUUAAUAAAUUGAAUUGAAUUGAUUUUGAAUUAUGCUCAAAAGUGCGCAAAUGAGAAAUCUGGACCAGUUGCAGUUAAUGUAUAUUAUCUGUAUGAAUACUGUUGUAUAUAUAUAUAUAUAUAUAUAUAUAUAUAUAUAUAUAUAUAUAUAUAUAAUAUAUAUAAUAUAUAUAAUAUAUAUAUAUAUAUAUAUAUAUAUAUAUAUAUAUAUAUAAUAUAUAUAUAUAUAUAUAUAUAUAUAUAUAUAUAUAUAUAUAUAUAUAUAUAUAUAUAUAUAUAUAUAUAUAUAUAUAUAUAUAUAUAUAAUAUAUAAUACACAUAAAUAAUACAUAAACCACAGUCUUAGAACUGAAUGAUGCGAUGCUUGUCAACGAUGCAAUUUUCCCUUCCUAGUUUAAAUUAUUAAUCUAUUAAUCUAUAGACACAAGUUUUUUUGGUAUUUUUACAGAUUUGAAACAAUCAAGUGAGGCUGAGAAACGUAGAACGGCUAUCCAGGUAUUCAACAAGGUAUGUGUCUGGUUUAAGUACAAAAAGCAAAUAGACGUAUGGACUUUGUAAUAGAUUUUGUUUCGAAAUUUAAAGAAUUCCCUACUUUUUUUGCAGGGAGCGGUUGUAUAAAACUCUUUAAAUACAUUUUAGUCACUGUUUUGUAGUUAAAUAUUAGUGAACUGGAAAUUACGCGAUUUUGAUUUGUUAACUUUCGCCCUUUUUACAUGUAGUAACUCUAACUAACCCUAACUUUGAUUCCCACCGUGGCCAGACAUAUUUUUCAAGCUUGCCCGGUGUGCAUAUACACUCAGAGUAACAUCACAUGCACGCAUCAUAUUCACAUGAGUACAUUACACCAACACAGAAAAAAUCCAACUACCUUUUUACACCAACAGCCCCCUGGUCCUUAUAUAUAAACGACAUGCAUGAUCCGUAGGAAAAAAUAAUUUUCUGGAGCACUCCUCUUAUUUUGCUUUUCUCUUUCAUUUUCCUCUCUCCUUAGCAAAAUCGUUGGCGCAAGCGGGGAAUGAGUAUUGUACCUUUGCGAAAGGGUGUGACGUAUCCAGCGGGCUUGCGAUUUACAGCUUAUGUGGCAAUAUUUCGUAAAGAUGGUACUGUUUGUAUAACACAUGGAGGAGUGGAGAUAGGACAAGGGAUAGACACAAAGGUAUUUAUAAUAAUAAACUACAGCUUACUGAUGAUGAUGACGACAAGACCACGACAACGACGAGAUUUGUUGCUUGCAAAUACUCGCCAUCUUCUUAUGCCAUUAAUCUCAUAGUGGAUGCUUAUUUCACCGCAAGACCUUUCAAAAAUCCCGUUGUCGAUCUAUAUGGCGUCAGUGAUAGCGUUAGAAGAUCCAGUAAGAAUAUGACGUAUCCAAAUAACUAAUAUUAUAGUCGUACUCGUUCCCGUACCCAAAUCUAGAGCUCCCUAAUAUACCUCAGCCACUAUAUAUGGCUAAAGGUGUCAGUGAUUCUAUAGGCAGAAUUUCAACUUAGUACAUUAUUAUUUCAAUUAUCUUUUUAAUGAAUUGAACGAUACCAGGCAGUUCAAAUCCGUGUCAUGGAUAAACAAAAAUUAUUCAGAUUUUGUCUCGUUUUACUCUAGGUUUGUCAAGUUGCAGCCCAUAUUCUUGGCUACGGUUUGACUGUUGAUCAGAUCUCAAUUCGACCAGCAACAAGUUUUCUCAAUCCAAACGGUAUGUUAAUCUCUAAAACUCUCUUUCUCUCAGUUUUUUUGGCUAAUGUUUCAUUAUAGUCACCCAAUUCACAACUAUAGAUAACUUGACUAUUGAUCUAGUUUACAGAAGCAUAAGUACAGUACAAAUAAACUAUUAUUGUUGUUGUUGUUGUUGUUGUUGUUGUUGUUGUUGUUGUUGUUGUUGUUGUUGUUGUUGUUGUUGUUGUUGUUGUUGUUGUUGUUGUUGUUGUUGUUGUUGUUGUUGUUGUUGUUGUUGUUGUUGUUGUUGUUGUUGUUGGUGUUGUUGUGGUUGUUGUUGUUGUUGUUGUUGUUGUUGUUGUUGUUGUUGUUGUUGUUGUUGUUGUUGUUGUUGUUGUUGUUGUUGUUGCUGUUGUUGUUGUUGUUGUUGUUGUUGUUGUUGUUGUUGUUGUUGUUGUUGUUGUUGUUGUUGUUGUUGUUGUUGUUGUUGUUGUUGUUGUUGUUGUUGUUGUUGUUGUUGUUCAGUGGCUGGUUGUGCGAAGGCCGGAUAGCGCUAUCCACCGGAUAUAGUGACUUUUUCAAACUUUGUAAAAUGCUUGAAAAACUGUGAAGCUACGGAUAUAAACGACAAGUAUAAAACCCAUUUAAUCUUAUAAGUAUACUAAACUUUAAUACGAGUUACACCAAUCAACGACUGAUUUAACAAAGCUUGAAAAAAUCACUAUCCGGUGAAUGUGAUUUCACAUUCCAAAAUAUAAUUCGCUCCACAAUCUCUGUGUUGAGCACUCUAGCAAAGUGGACAAACCCAACUUAUAUAUCUAUAUAUAUAAAUUGGAAUUAUAUUUUGGAAUGUGAAAACACAUUCACCGGAUAGUGAUUUAUUCAAGCUUUGUUAAAUCAGUCGUUGAUUGGUGUAACUCGUAUUAAAGUUUAGUACUUAUAAUUAUAAGUUAAUCUCUAACAUUAUAUAUUAAUUGAAUAAUUCUACAAGUUAUUUUGUUCUCUGGAUUAUAAUUUAAAUGUUUUGAGCUUUCGACUCGGUACUUCGAGCUUUCAUCGGAAAGUUGGAAUGUUUGAAUUUUCGCGCUGUUCUCGUUCUUGAAGCCUUUGGGAACGUCUGAUUGGUUGAUCACGGAUUUCGGCUGAUAGAUUGUUAUUGGUUGCCAUGGAGUGCGGGUGAUUGCAAUCAUCGUGAGUUGAUAUUAGUCAGUUUAAGAUAUCCCGGUUUCGGCGUACGGGUACGAGUAGUGUCAUCUUGUUUACUAGUUUUUACUGAUGUGUGUAAUUCAAUCAUACUUUUUCUGUUUUCUUGCAAUAGACAAUGAUAUCUUAGGGACCGGUCAUAAAGUAACUGCUAGGGUGGGCCGGAGUGAUUUGGGAUGGGCCAUGGAAAAUCUUGGGGCAGUUUCGAUGGGCCGCCAAUUAUUUUGUAUGUCCACGGUUGGGCCACCAAACAAAAACCCAUAUCUACUUUCAUCACUUAUUGAAUGAUAAAUAUAAUAGCAAAUACAACAUAAUACCAAUCAAACAUAAUACAAAUCUAACAGGGCAGGGCUGUACACUGCACAGAGGGCAGCAGGGGCAACUGUCCACCACCCGCUGAGAAAAUUUAACUAAUUUUGUAACGUGAUUAUGCUUGUAACGGAUAAUUAUGCAGUCAGGAAAUAAAAAUUUCAUGCAAACAAUAUUCGAAGUGUCUAUACAGCCGUUUAUUUAGUAAACUGUCACUUGUCAAUCCAUACUCAUAGAAUUUUCAAAACAUUAUUGUAAUCAUAUGAAGCAAAAGUUCUGUCACUUGUUGUUUACACUUGCCAAUGUUAACUGUUGAGUAACAUACACAAACUAAUCGAGGAAAAGAGUCAAUCAUAUAUUGAAGACCACUGAAUAGUAGACGUUUUGAAGGUCAUGAGUGAAGUAUAUAAUUCAAUUCCAAUCUUGUGCACAGUUAUGAUACACCACACUGUUCAGUUUAACUCUGCAUAUCCACACAAAACAAUUUGUGUUGUGUGAGAAUAUCUGUUUAAGUAGAAGGUAUCACAAGUUUAGUUUUGUACAUUGUGUGCCAUUGAUCUGAUCUAUCCAUAUAAUAUAUGAUUGUUGUAGCUGUUAAGUUAUUUUCCAUACUAAUGAAUUUAGGUAAGAUUUUCUUGCAAGUGGGUUGUUCUGACAAAAUUAUCCAGCCAAUAUCCAAUACAUCAGUAAAUGUAUUCAUAAACAAAAAGAUUUAUAUUAGAAAGCAAAAUGACAAUGUAGUGAGGGAGGGUGGGAUUCUUUUAUUAGCAUUUGAAAAAGGUUGUAAAAUUUUUUAGCUCUAAUGUGCAAAACCAAAAUGUAUAUAAAGUAUAAUUUUAACUGAUGGCAUCUUUACCUUUGUUCUAACACCACAUUUGGUGACAAUUUAGUUGGACUGUUGUUUUGAACAGAGUUACAGAAAUACCAGGAUUUAAUUCAAUAUCUCCUGAGAACAUUAGUUUCUUGUGAUAUUGUUAAUUGGCAAUAUAAUGUCUGCAGCCAGAGUUUUGACUGUAUAAAAUAUUACACAAUGAUUGUUUUUAUACUGUAUAAAUGUAUAUAAUAAAAUAUGUGGUAUUUGACUACUUACCAUGCAGAUGAGGAUAAGUUUCCUUGUUGAUAGAUAACUUCGGAAUAAUAUCACAAGUAGAAUGGUGAAAACAAGACAGCCAAUUCAAUUAUGGCAAAGAAUAACACGACUCACACGAGGUCAAACUACGCCCGUUUGCAGGUUAUGUACGAGCACGAUGUAAACAAUUGAUGUAAGCUAAUCGCUGAUUGGCUUAAUUAUAUAAGCUCGUCUCUAAAUGGCUAUGGAUAACGUUAAUAGUAAUCUGCUUCGCAAAUAAAAAAAUGAAGAUAUACACCGGCACUGUAUUGAUAUAAUUAUGUUCAUACCUGCAAGUUUUUUUCAUUAUAAAAGUUUAUUUUCCCAAUUUAGAUUGGGUGGGUGGGUCAUGAAGUAAAUUUGUAGGAUUGGAUGGGCUUUGAAAUUUUUAUCUACAUCCUAAGAUGGGUCGCCGAACUUAUUGGCAAAAUUUGUGAUUUACCUCCAGCCCACCCUAGCAGUUACUUUAUGACCAGUCGCUAAUGCGAAAAAUGUGACCUCAAUUACGCGUAAAGGUACAAACAUCGACGAAAGUACUGCUAACCAAAAUCAUGUUACCCGUACCCGUUCAUCGAAACAGGGAUAUCUUAAACUCCCUAUUGAGAAAGAAGUUGCGGGCGAGUUAAAGGUUAAUGAAGGCGAAACAGGACUUUUGUGUGAGUGUUUUAGUUGUAAGUAUAUUACAGGAAUGUCAAUACGGCGGUUAAAUGUUUGAUUAUCUAUACUAUGCCACGCUUCUUUAAACCCACGGGCAUGUUUCAUAGUAGCUUGUCCUAGGCAUCUCGUUUGAGACCAGUCAAAUUUGUGUCCGUUAUCGUCUGCGGGCUUGGCUGGGAGUGAAUUUUGGUCAUGUCUGUUAAUGGCGUUUUGAUGUUCGGUUAAUCUUGUCUGAAUUUUCUUAGACGUUUGUCCAAUGUACUUGUCGGGGCAGUUUUUGCAAGUAAACAUGUAAAUGGCGUUAUGUUUCUCGGUUACGUUUGUUUUGUCUUUAGGCAUAUGAUUAGUGAACUUGGAUUUAAGUUUGCAUGUUGGUUUGUGUGCAAUGUCGAUGUUGAACGGUCUGAGAAGUCUAGCUGUCAUUUCCGACGUGGUGUUUAUAUAAGGAAGUGUGAUCCUCUUUCUUGUUUGGUUUGGUUGGUCUGUGUUAGUUUGUUUCCUUUGUGAUAGUAGCUACUUUGUUGACAAAGUCCAAGCGGUAGCCAUUUUUGUGAAGAGUAUAGUAUUUGCCUUCGUCUCGUUUAGAUUCCUCAGUGCUACAGUGCGUGUCAAUUCUGUUGAAAAGUGUUUUUAUGCAACUGAUUUUGUGCUGUGUGGGGUGGUUGCUAUUGUAAUUUAAUAUUUGGUCUGUGUGCGUUUUCUUGCGAUAUACUUGUGUGUGUUUAAGGUGCCGUUGUCAGUUCUUGUUAUUAGUACGUCCAAAAAGUACGUCCAUGUAGUUGUUGCAAAAGUCACACUUCUUUCCACAUUUAUAACACCCUUUUGGACUUUUGGACUCGUAGAAAAAAUUUCUUUGAUAGUUUUUGGCCUUGUGAAGGAUGGUAUUAUAAAUCUAGAUGGAAAAAUCUCUUGUAACUCUGAUGAAUCUUAGAUAAGAUGUAAAUGUUUCUUCAAGAUUUUUCCUAUAUCGGGAAGCCUGGGAUUGAAGUCAACAACCAACGGAAAUAAAAUUAUCUUCUCUCUCUUGGUAUGUUGCAGUAGUUCCUCUCUGGGAAUUGACUUCGCUUUGUUGAAUUGCUGGUGUACAUUAUUCGGAUGGUAUCCUCUCCUUGUUAGGUACUUUUGAUAUUCUUUGCUGCGUUUAUCAAAAUCUUCUGUUAAGCAAUUUCUUCUUAAUCUCGUAGCUGCUCCAAAGGGAAUUGCCUUGAUGCAAUGAUCUGGGUUUGCACUCUUUCGUUGUAAGUAGAAAUGAUUAUCGGUGGGUUUUGAGCACACGUCGGUCUGAAUGAGACCAUCAACUAGCAUGAGGGUAAGAUCUAAAACAUUUAUUGAUACUUCCGAGUAAACCAGCGUAAAUUUAAUUGUGGGGUAUAACGAGUUGAUAAAAUCAGAAAAUGGGCCCGAAGAACUCGUGUAGCUGUUACGCGGAUCUGACGAUGGGCAUUAUCGAUGAACGAGCGAAAUCCGGUGAAAUUAAACCUAAUUUAUGGUGGCGUUACCGGGACGAUGUUUUCGAUCUCUGGACACAGGGUACUGCCAAACUUCUCGAAAUUACUGAUUUUAUCAACUCAUUAUACCCCACAAUUGAAUUUGCGCUGGUUUACUCGGAAGUAUCACCAUAUAAAUGUUUUAGAUCUUACCCUCACGCUAGUUGAUGGUCUCAUUCAGACAAACGUACUGAAAACCCAUCGAUAAUCAUCUCUACUUACAACGAAAGAGUGCACACCCAGAUAAUUUCAUCAAGACAAUUCUACGAGAUUAAGAAGAAAUUGCUCAACAGAAGAAGAUUUUGAUAAACGCAGCAAAGAAUAUCAAAAGUACCUAACAAGGAGAGGAUACAAUCCGAAUAAUGUACACAAGCAAUUCAACAAAGCGAAGUCAAUUCCCAGAGAGGAACUACUGCAAUAUACCAAGAGAGAGAAGAUAAUUUUAUUUCCGUUGGUUGUCGACUUCAACCCCAGGCUUCCCGAAAUAAAAAAAAAUCCUGAAGAAAUAUUUUCACCUUAUCCAAGAUUCAUCAGAGUUACAAGAGAUUUUUCCACCUAGAUCUAUAUCCUUCCUUCAGAAAGCUAAAAACUAUCAAAGAAAUUCUUUCUACGAAACGUUGGCAGGAAAAGAGCGGGGAUCAAAGCCCAAAAGGGUGUUAUAAAUGUGGAAAGAAGUGCGACUUUUGCAACAACUACAUGCAUGAGUCUAGUACAUUGGUCAGUAGUCAGACGGGGGUAAAGUACCCAAUUAAACAGAACAUUUGUUGCAUUUCGCAAAAUGUUGUAUACCUAGUUACAUGUAUUAUAAGUGCUCACGGCAAUACAUUGGAUCUACGAGCACAGAACUGAAGGUCCACUUUCGUAACCACAAGUCCACGACGAUUAACAAUAAAAGGACAUGUGAAGUAGCGACGCAUUUCCACAAAACACCGCAUGAUUUGUCGGACUUCAAGUUUAUAGGCAUAGAACAGAUAGUUCAUGACAGUGAUUCAAACACUAUUGAGAAGCGAUUGUUGACAAGAGAAGCAUACUGGAGUGUGCAGUUAUGCACUUUAAAACCUUACGGUCUCAAUAAGAGAUGUGAAUUCAGGUCGAAGAACAGAAUAAACUUUAGUAAUUAAGCUAGAAACAAUUUAAAUAUUUCGCAACAAUAGGCCAUAUUUUUAAACACCCAUAGAGUAUUCUCAUUUAGUCCUUAAUUAGUUCUUAAUUAUUCACACAGUAGGUUACGUUAUAAAUCGCAUGAGUUAACUUCCUUGUGUUUUUAACUUUUUACACUGAUGAAGCCUGUUUUGGCGAAACGUUUGUAAUAAAACAUUAUUAUUGAUCUGUCUGGGGUUCACAUUUCCUUCUGUAUACCUAUCUAUAAUAUUUUAAGCGUCAUGUAUCCUUUGGAUCCUCCAGACAAGUGAUUUCUAUACGUUGGCAAGCCAGACUAUAUCCAUACCAUAUAUUUAAGAAUUAUACCAUGAGCUCGAGUCGUAUAUGAGCUGAUAGCCGACGAGGUGCGUAGCACCGAGUCGGCUAUCAGCCAUAUACGACGAGAGCGAAUGGUAUAAUUGUUUUAUAAUAUAGUCUAAUAUAGCCAUUAACUGAAGCAGUAAUUAAUUAUCCACUGUUACAAUGUGUUGACAAUUUGUUCGGCCAAAAACCGCUUGAAAAUUUGAAAUACUUUUGUUUUACAACUCGAAGACCAAGUGAAAGAAAUGGUUUUAGAACCUCUAUAUCUCACAGGAAAGCUCAGAUAUAUUGUACAGAUGUUUGGUACUAUAGUAAGUGCUUGUUGACUGCAAAUUCAUUUGUCGUUCAUCGGCAAACUUUUCUGAACAAUUUAUAUUCUCAAUGAACAUGUUUUUUCGCUGUUGUUUCGGUAUUAAUUCUUUAAAAAACUUUAUUUAAACUAAUUUCUACGUAAUAAAUGUAUUUUGCUAACCUGUCAAUUUUUUUUGAGAGUUUUUCCCUGUACUAUUAUGUUUCUCAAAGCGAAUAUUUUUCUUUUUCUGCUUCGCAAAACUCAUGUAGUUUUUGGACCGCCAUCUUGUUUUUCGCUACUCGCCGUAUAUGAGCUGAUAUACGGCGAGUAAUUCAACCAAUCAGAUUGCAGAACAGCUCAUAUACGGUGGAUGACUAUAUUAUAAUAUAUAUAUAUAUAUAUAUAUAUAUAUAUAUAUAUAUAUAUAUAUAUAUAUAUAUAUAUAUAUAUAUAUAUAUAUAUAUAUAUAUAUAUAUUGCCUCCUUAAGCUAUGGGGCAGUCGGUUUUUUUAAAAAUUUAUUCCCUAUACCCGUCACCUUUAGUAAACAAAUCUGAUGAACGAUCUCUUGAAAUGACGUUUUCGUUUUACAGGUAAUGCAACUGAGAGAAGUAUAACAAGCGAAUUAUGCUGUGAGGUGAUGUAUAUUUACACACUUUCUUACAUACUUGUAUACUUGAGCUUAUUAUUUAAACUAAGUGUAGUAGCCCUUGCACCCUUGCUGUGCACCCUGUGCAUCAAAGAUAGUUUGAACUGUGGCACCAAUAUUUCUUUUCGUCACCCAUAACCGUUCUGUUAUCCAUAACCGUUCUCGCCUUAUUCUGAAUAUAACCCUGAUGCUCAAGACUCCUUUUUUUUACACCACCACUUAUCAGAAUUCUCACUUCAACAGGAUAGUAAACUAAUGGAACAUGCAGUGUUUGCAAAGUAGUUCCUCCAAACAUUUCUUGAGUGUCAAGACAUUUAUAAGCGCAACUUUAUUAUUCUUAUUCCAUGUAAUUUGACAUUUGUACUGCUUUUGAUCCCAAUCUGUAAUUAUACACUUAGUCAAUAUCGCGUGAUUGCCCUUGUCAUAGGAGUUGACUGUUUCAUUGUAUGAACUGUCGGUAGUACUAGAUCAAAUUGUUAACUUUUAAUUUAUUCUAUAUGGUGUGUACGCAUUUUGUUUGGAAAGGUGUAUUGCAUGGAUAGUGCAUUGCAUGCAUGAGUAGUGUAUUAUGAUCUGUUCGCACCUCUUCCAUUUGGGUACAUUCUUAUAUAUUGUAUUUGUCCUAAAUUUGUAAAGCUGUUCAUUUACUAAUACAAUUAUAUUAGUUAUUUAACUUAGCAAACAAGCUCUUGAGUUCACGUUUGAACUAUGUUUUUUGCCAAUUAGGCAUACAUGCACCUUAUAGGAUAUUAAAUUGUUUAAGGUUACUCCACAUAAUGAAAUCCAUUUCACCAAAAUGCUCACCGCGCGCUCAAAUUUUCAAGUUUUCCCCUUCAAAUUUGCAUGCAUAAUGACAAAUCAUUGCAUUCUGCAUCUUUAAAAACUGUACUGGCCACCGGUUGCUUUUGAAAAUAUGACGGCCUUUGCGGCACGAGAUUAGAACGCUUCUGAUUUACCUAAAAGGCUUCCGAAACAUAAUAUUUCCCAUCUCAAAUUAUCAAAGAACAAAACCGUGUUUGCUUUUUUUGACAGGUAUUGUAUUUGCUUUGAUAUAAAGCAGACAAGUUGACUCAUCUAAAUUUUGGGAGAACGACAAAACAGAUCCCUAAAACUUGAAAAGUAUGGCACUAAAUAAAAAAAACGCGAGCACGGUUUUGCUCCUGUACUAUUUUUCAACAUUAUUGUGGUAAAGUUUGGAGGGAAUCAGAUAAAACGUGCGCGUUUCUAAACUAUUUUUGUGGCGACAAUCUGAGAAUAUUUCAAUCUCCGUAAAAGACGAUACUGGUUUUGGCGGGGGUUUUCUGCUCUCUGUUAUCACCUCGAACUGUAAACGGAUUAAAAUUAGUAAAGAGUGUUUUGGCAAGGGUUUUCGGUAUCAUUCGCUCAUUACCAGUUUAUCACAAACCAUACAUGCGAGAAACCACACAAAAAACAUCUUUCUAAUAUGCCGGCGAAACGCAAAUGCAAAAAAGAGAUAGCAAUACAGACCGAUGUAAAUCGGCUAAACGAAAAUGCAGUAGAAAAUCUGUCAUGCACUACGAAGACACAAACGAGGUUAAAGGUCACACAUCCGGUAUCGAAUAUCACACCUAUUACAAUUUUUGCGGCAAAAAAAUUAGUGGUACAAUAUUUUUUGUUAUAUUUCAGACGCAUUUUAAUAUUUUUGAAAAAAACUUGCGGCAAUCGAGAGAUCUCCAGCUCUGGAAUACAAAUCAAUAAAAAUGUAAAAAAAUGAGGAAAUCAGUUUUUUCAUCAUAUAAUGUAUAUAACCUUAAAUUGACUCCUGAUCAAAACGUUCUUGUGAUUGUUUUCCUCUCACUGCCUGUAAUUACUAUACCUUUGAGCUAUGACAUUAUUUCGUGUAUAAAUAUCUUGAUCGUUAAUACUCCUGUAGGCUGUCAUAAAUUGCUGUAAUAUGCUCAAGGAAAGAAUCUCGUUGAUUGCAAAAGAUAUGCCACAAGCAACAUGGGGGGAAAUUAUUGACAAAUGUUAUGGCCUUGGUGUUGACUUGUCUGCGAAAUACAUGUAUGUAUAGCUUACUAGGUUAAUACAAAAAUGGACACAGAUAUCGUAAAUGCUCUAAUUGCAAAUAGCAUCAUCAAUAGCUGGGCGUGUUAAAUAUUUUACUAAAGUAUUUAAUAUUUUAAUUAAUAAAAAUGUUAUUAAAGGUUUGAACAUUCUAGUCAAAUAUUCAAUACGCUUAACUAUUGGGCUGUCUAUAUGAUAUUAUUCAAUUAAUACCUCAAGCAAAUCAAAAGCAAUUCCUUUGGUGCAUAUGAAGUGUGACUUAAACUAUAAAAUACAUACCUGCUGGAACCCUCGCCUUGCUGACAAAACGUUGUAUAUUCCGAACAUGACGUAUUUAAAGUAGUUGUCAUGGUAACACGAUAAUUUUAUUAUGAAUAUGUUUAAAAUUGAUAAAUCCCCUAAGAAUCUCACUUUUAAUUGCGAAAUUAUCAAUUUCUGAAACAUUUAUAUGUUAGAUAUGUUAUGUAUAGGUAUAAUAGCAUGGCUUCGAGUGCAAUUUGGAUAUAACAUGCACGAGUGAGUUUUUUCAAAGACCUCAAAAUAGCACGAGUCCCAAGGACGAGUGCUAUUUGAGGUCUUUGAAAAACUCACGAGUGCAUGUUUAUCCAAAUUUCACGAGAAAUAUUACUUAUUAAUAAUUUACAUAAAAAUGUUCGAGACAAUUGUAGUUUUAACUUACGCGUUUAUAGCGAACAUUCUACUAGCAAAGUUUUUCUGGCUUUGUUAUAUCACAUUAUACAACGCUAACAGCUUGAAAGUUCUACUCAACUAUGUAAUUUUCGUCAGUCUUGUUUAAGGUAAAUGCUUUUCCAUUUAAAAAUAAAGAUAAAAGCCACAUUUUCCAAGCGAAGGCAAAUUUUACUUUGUGUAGCGCGGCGCCAUGUUUUGUUUUGAAGCCGAAUCUGUGACCGUUACUUCUUUAAACUAAAUUGCUUUAAACUGAUUUGUUGAUUUAAUCAUCACAAUGUUUUUCCACCAAUCAGAUCAGUUUGUUACAGAUUUUUGCACUGCGAUUACAAAAAAUUGCACUGUGAUUACACAUAAUUGCACUGUGAUUACAGAAAAUUGCACUGCUGUUUGUGAUUAACUGCACUGAAAUCAACCAAUCAUAGUCGAGUAAUAUCUUUAUGUGUAUUAUUAUAUACGUUAUGUAUAGGUAAUAGCAUGGUUUCGAGUGCAAUUUGGAUAUAACAUGCACGAGUGAGUUAUUCAAAGACCUCGAAAUAGCACGAGUCCGAAGGACGAGUGCUAUUUGAGGUCUUUGAAAAACUCACGAGUGCAUGUUUAUCCAAAUUUCACGAGAAACCAUGAUAUUACUUAUUAAGAAUUUACAUAAAAGUGUUCGAGACAAUUGUAGUUUUAACAUACGCGUUUAUAGCGAACAUUCCACCGGCAAACUUUUCCUGGCUUUGUUAUAUCACAUUACGCAACGCUAACAGCUUGAAAAUUCCACUCAACUAUGUAAGUUUUGUUAGUCUUGUUUAAGGUUACAGAACACCUUUGAGUGUUAAUUUUGCCUAAAAUUUUUUUAUUGGCUUCGAUGAAGGCAUUAGACUAGUUCUACUACCUGACCAAGUUUGAACGAAAAAUGUUGAAAACUCGCAGAGUUAUUUAAUAAAAUACAUUUCGCUGCAAUAAGAAAAACAUUGAAAAUGUAAUAUUCAAAUUCAAUUUUCUCCCGAAAAAUUUUACGGUAAUUACUGAUUUUCAAACGAGUUGUGCUCCUGCGGGUUUUAACCAAUUUUUUUCAAAUUUUCACAGAACAUAGCUAAAUACGUCAGCUUCAAAAUUGUGUUCGGCUUUUUUUAAAUUUUGGAUAUUUUAAAAAUAAAGAGCAAUUCACUCGAACAAUUCAGAAAUAUAUUGCAGUCUUCAAAGAAAUCGCCAUAUCAGCGGAAUGACCAAAUAAAAACAGCUGGGAAAUUUGUUGCGCAUGCGCCAGAUUUCCAUUGAAAGUUGAAACUUGAAGAUAAUAAUUACAAUAUGAAGAUUUCCCCGAAGAAAUAUUACGAGAUGUUGGCGUGGUUGUAUAAUUUUAAAUGCCUGUUUAAUUUUUAUUAUUUUUUGCUUGAGACAAAGACAAAGUAAAAUGUACUCUACGUUUCCAGUGCAUAGAAUAUCUCGUUUGAACAGCAAUAGAAUGUUAUAAUCUUGACACAAACAAGAAGACAUUUGACACGCUAAACCUGCAGUCAUCAUGUAAGCCAAUCGUUUCGAGCUUGACAGCCUUGUCAAACGCAAAACAAGUACAAAUUUGGGUUCAAACAGAAAGAAGUUCAAUGUUAAUACAACUAACAUAUGUUCUAUACAAAUAAGCGUGGUUUAAAAUGUUUUCAAUUGAAUUUUCAAAGCUUUUAUCUAUCGCUAUGAUAAUCAAACUGUGAAAAUGCCGCAGUUUUGUUGACGCUUGCGAAUGCAAAAUAACUUCCCGUAAACAGAGCAUUUCUACACAAAACUCUCGCUUAGUCUUCUGAUGCACUUGUACGUUCGGUUCUACUAGUUAAACAAGGAAAAUAUUCAAGAAACACUGGUAAAUUAUCGUUGUCAAAAAACAUUUCAGUGCUGAGGCAGUACAAUGUCUCAAGGGCAAGGUCAAGUUGUCGAUUUCAUUACAUUUUACCAGUACUUCGAAUGUUUUCGAACUCUUGCUUCAUACAAGAGCAUACGCACGCAUUUCAAAGCGAAAUUAGACGCAAAGGGGCAAUUUUUCAACACAAUUUAUUGUUAAAUUCUGUUUCCUAUGUGCCUUGGGAGCAAAAAAAUAUGAUUUUAAAUUUGGAGGAAUCGGUAAAUUUUUUUGCAAUUUGGCCUGGUAUUGCACCCUGCCUAUGUAAUGACUGUGCUGUAAAAGUAAUCAAAUAUACUAUUUUGAAUUUCCCUUCAUUGAAAGGAUCUACUAUUGUGGACUAAACUAAAUUUUAAUCAGCAUACAAGGUUGCAAAUAACAGCCAAGAAUUAGCUGGGUAGUUUGCAAACUUUAAAAAUAAUUGGACCUCAAACUUUGAUCCCCAAAAGUAAGCAAAUGGCCAAUACUGCGAACAUAAUCCAAGUUUUGACCACUAGGGGCAAUUUUUUGAUGUAAAAAAACUUGUUUAAAUUACAUAUCAAACAAAGGCAAAACAAAAUUUGGUAUUAAUUUUUUGGAGGAAACGUCAAGGUUUUUUGCUAUCCGUGCACGCUUCCCCCAGGAUCUUCUCUAUCAGAAAACAGUUUUCUGCAGAAACUAUGCUUUUUUAUCGGGAAAAUUUUUACUUUUCUCAAAACAAUACUUUAUAAACAUGGAAACCUUAAAUAUUUAAAUAAUUUUCAUACCUUUUUGGAAUUGCAAAAAGCAAAAUUUGAUUCAUAAUCACACUUUUUAAAAUGUAUGUGACAAAGUUGCUUCGAAAUCACUAUCACGCAGUAGCAUGUUUAUUUACCCUCAUCCUUUUGACUGAAUAAAGUUUAUCUUUUUGAAAAGCUAUUUGUUUCAUAGCUCUUGGUUAGCAGUUUACGUUUAUGUCGAUUUUGGCACCAAUGAGACCAACAAGUUGUGGUAAUCCGCGAAUGAAAACUGAUAUUUGAAGAGCACAAAAGCCAACUCCUAACUAUGUAACUUUAUCGCCUGAAUUAUGAAUCCAUCCACAAUUAAAUUGCUGGUAAUGUAGAUGCUUUCCAUACUUGAGAUGUUAGUGAAGUUUUUGCAACAAUUUAAUUUCCUUGAUCGGCGUCUUAAAAAUGCAAAAUCAUAAGUUGAAAUUUCACUUGUGUUGUUUUUUCAAAUUUUAGAAUUUUUGUAAAAUAUCAAGUGCGCCAGCAAUUUCUCUGCACAGCGACAACAAAUUUCCCAGCUGUUCCAAAUAAACAAAAAUUUCCGAACACAAUUUUUUAGAACAAAUAUUUUACUGUAUAAAAAUGAUAUUUUCAUAAAUAUAACUUAAAACCAGCAGGAGCACAACUCAAAAGGGUAAAGGUACCGCGACUUAAGAUUUUCCUGAAUAAUUCUUACAUUAUUUUAUUGUUUGUUAAUUUUACAACUUUAUCAUAUUUUGCAUGCACUGGAAAACAUUUGGUGAAAAUUUGAUGAAAAUCGGACUGAUAUUGAGCGCGCAGUAGCGAUUUUCCGCAAAACGCCAAAAAGGGUGUCCUGCAUGUAAGCUUGAGGUCAAUGCUUUUCCAUUUAAAAAUAAAGAUAAAAGCCAUAUUUUUCACGCGAAAGCAACUUUUACUUCACUGUAGCACGGCGCCAUGUCUGUUUUGUUUUGAAGCAAUCUGUGACCGUUACUUCGUUAAACUAAAUUGCUAAAAACUGAUUGGUUGAUUUAAUCAUCACAAUGUUUUUCCACCAAUCAGAUCAGUUUGUUACAGAUUUUUGCACUGUGAUUACAGAAAAUUGCACUGUGAUUACAAAAAAUUGCACUGUGAUUACAGAAAAUUACACUGAGAUUACAGAAAAUUGCACUGCUGUUUGGGAUUAACUGCACUGAAAUCAACCAACCAAUCACAGUUGAGUAAUAUCUUCAUGUAUAUUAUUAUAUACGUUAUUAUACGUAAUAUAAGCUUCAAGUUAUACAAUUCAACCACAAAUGCUUCUGAAAACGUUUUGAAAGGUUCUUAAAAUUAACCUUCCUGUAUAUCUUUCAAUUUGAGUUUGAGAUAAAAUGAUUUCAAAUUUUCGAAUACAAAUAACCUUGCUUUCUUCCUUAUUUAAAAAUUGUAAUAUAAUAAAAAUGGGUAAUCAAUUCAUAUGCACUGAAAUUAUCCCCGAGCCAACGGCGCGGAGCGACGUUCCGGGCCUUAGCCCGGGGCGAGGGUAUUAAUUCCGCCCGGCUAUUUACACCUGGGGAACAGAACGCACUAGCGAAGUCUAAAGUUCAUCAAAUACCGUGGGCGCAUGGCUAUGAUCCAAGGGUGGACCUCCUCACUGAUCUCAAAAAUAUGGCUGUUUGCCAUGAGUGGGAUAAGCACAUAGAGGAUAUUAAAUCAAGAUUUCAAUUUUCAAAAGCAUAUAUUUGGAAAAUCACGUGUCACACAAUGAACUUUGAAGCACUUUUUGUUUGAAAAAAUGAGAAGAAUUCAUUUACUAUGGAAAAUCGUGAAAUAUAGGGAAAGUUCGCUUUGAAUGUUUAAUGUUUAUGAUUAUGAAUUUUGUUGCUUUAAUAAGUUAUUGCGUAAAACAUGCACGGCUGUUUUUCUUUUUAUAGAAGCUAUAUAGAACCUAUAUUACCCUGUUUAAUUUAAGAAAAAAGGUAAAUGUAAAUGAGAGCAAAUUAUAAUUUGAUGACCUAAAUGAAAUUAUUCAACAAUUUGAAGUAAAAACAGUUUAUCGGCAAAAGCAGUUUAGUUAUUAAAAUGAACAUUUCAAAACAUUUUACGAAGCAAUUCAGGUUAAAUUUUACAGUACAUCAAUGCUCACAAAAUCCAGAACAACAUACCUACAGUACAUAUUUCGGAAAGUCAUUGUUAUAUAGUUAAAAGCAAUACUUUUUCGACUAUUUUUGCCGUCUUGUCAGUGUGACCAGGUUUAGUACAUUUUAUUACCAGAUCCGGUUGGAUGCCCUUAGACAACCCCACCUGCUUUAAACAACUGCAACAUUAAGAACAGGAGGGGGCAGCCAACCAAUUUUAAGCAGCUUUAGUAAAAAAAAUUGCAUAUAUGGUCACACUGCGUCUUAUACAAGAGAAUAAUAAAAAAUAAAACUAUUUAAUCGUGUUGCCAUGACAACACUGACGUAAACGCGAGCCUGCGUUCGUCAGUGUUGGUCAAUUACUAAUACUUCAUGUUAAAUCAAUGUUUGGAAAAUAUGGGCGAGGGGUUGCUGCAUGCAUGUAUUUCUAGUAGAUCUUUUUCACAAUUUACAUAGACAAUGAUAAGUUUUUAAAGCAAUUAUAAAGCAAACAAUGCAUCAAUAUUUAAAAUAAACUUACCUUCAUUAACGUCGGCGUCUUUGCUCCCUUCUUUUAGCAAGUCUUCUUAAAUUAAAAACGUUUUGAAAUUUACAAAAUCUUGCAAAAAUGAAAUAUAUUUGCCAGAAAUGUUUGUUAUUCGUUGUCGUCAUGUAGAUUCAGUAUCUUUGACCAGUAAGUGAUCGCUAUUCAUGCAGUCCACUCCGCCAUUUUUGAGAUGGGUGAGAACGAGAACCCAUGAACGUUGAACCAUAGCCAUGCGCCAGCGAUUAUUCAUGAGCUUUAAUUGGACUUCGUAAAUGCUUUCCUUUCCCCGGGUGUAUAUAGCCGGGAGGAAUUAGUAACCUCGCUCCGCGCCGUUGGCUUGGGGACUAGUACCCCUUAAGUAUAUCCAUCUUCGCAUGAAAAUUCGAGAAACUCGGGAAGUUUGUAGUUUAAUUUAACUUUAACUUUUCCGGAGUCGCUUGACCAUUAUUUGCUGUAUGUUGCACUCUAAAAAGCACCCUGGUUCAAAUUUUCUGGUUUGCCAAGAUAUAACACUUGCUUGGGUUAACUUUAAAUUUCCUGGUUAUUCUAUCUCAUUGCCUACCAUAGCCCGGUGCAGAAAUCUGCUAAGAUCGUGUAGUACUCUGUGAAAUUCGUAGUGAAAUAUUUUUACAAUCUAAUUUGAAUAUUUAGGAUGUUGCCGAAAGCUGGCCAACCCUGCAACUAUAACAUAUACGCUGCGACUUGCACUGAAGUGGAGAUUGAUGUCCUUACUGGAGAGACGGAAAUACUUAGGACAGAUAUUUUAUUCGACUGUGGUAAAAGGUAAGCAAUCUUACCCAUGCCUGGAGAUUCGAGAUUCACGCUAGUUAAAACCUAUAUGCUAAUUGUCCUCCCACUACAGCCGUUCAUUAAAUGUCCUGAAUGUUCAUUCCCCUAAAUGCCGUAGCGUGGCAACAAGCAAACAAUGCAACAUUCUUAAUUUUUGGCUAUGCGAACUGUGGAGCUUGCGAUGAAAAAUCCUGUUUGUAUAGUCCAAGAGUCGACAUUAUAAACUCUCUAAAUCUAUCUGUCAGCAAAAGUAUAAGUCUUAAUAAAACUGUUCAUGCUUUCUCGGGUAGCCAUCUUCAGUUUUGCUUACUUCCAGAGAUAGUUUCCAGUUAUUCACUGCAGGAAAGCGGAAAUAUUUGCGUUUCGUGUUGAAACAGCAAUUUGUGUGCAUAUAUUUCGCAAAAUUGGUACCUAUAUAAGUAAUUUAUCUGAUAGAUUAAGUUGCGUGAUUUCCAUAUUAGCAGUACGCUCUUAGCUAAUGAGAUGGCGUGUAGUAUAGCGACAGUUCAUUAUAUUUUUGUGUAGUGUGAAUCCUGAGAUUGACAUUGGGCAAGUUGAAGGCGCCUUCGUCAUGGGUCUUGGUUACUGGUUGACCGAACAAGCAAUUUAUGAUCCUUCGUCUGGCCUGGAACUUACCAGUGGUACAUGGGUAGGUGCUACUUUAACUACAAGUGAUAGGGUGGCUUCGAUAUAUAGCAACUCUACACAUCUUAGAUUGCAAUGGAUAUAUUUUUACUAAAUAAUAUUAAGAAGUAUCUGCGUUUUAGCCUUGGAAUAAACAUUUAUAUGAUAUCGCUGCAACUGAUCUCUCUAAACUACAAUUGUUUCUGAUUCAAAUUGUUCACGAGCUUGGGGUGAUGUAGAAAAGCUUUCCUGUGGAUGCUUCGUUAAAAGUGCUAUGGGCGUGCUACAUAUACAUGCGCUUUGUUUUGUGCAUUUUGUGAUUAUAAGUUUGUAUUAUCAAGUAUGGCGAAGCGUUAGCGUUUAUACUAUACGGUUGCAACAUGAGGGGAAUACAACGCGUAUAAUGCGCCUGCAUUAUAACCUAUAUAAUUAUUAUAUGCCAAGCAUCACUUCUAGUGAAAUGGCGGACUUUGAUUGGCCGAAAACACUGUCAGCGGUACAUUAUUUUCCGGCGGUCCUUUUGUUACGAAAGUAUAUCUAAAUAGUAUAAAAAUAGUUCAGUUUGCAACCCAGGAAAUUAUAGAUACUAGUUACGUCAAAUGGAGAGAUAAUGAGCAUUUUUGCUGUAAAACGCAGAUAAAGUAUAUAUCAUUUCGGACUUGUGUAAAAAUGUCAAUUAUCUGUCCAUUAGGCAAGAUAGAUAACUCGUUAAUUUGUCAAAGUUGGACGAUAACCUUGCAUGGUGGGCUGUUGUGUUUACAUAAUUCAAAGUCCAAGGCUGGUUCUUCUCUGACAUGAAAAUGUGCAUGCUUAGGGUAUUUCUGUCAAUCAUUCUUCGGUAUAUUUCGCGCGGUUGAGUAAUGAUAACAUUACGUCAUCAAAGUCUUAGUUCAAUAAAAUUGUAAGUAAAUUUAGUUUAGUAGGUAAAGUAAGGUUGACAUAGGUAUAGUUUGAAGUUUUUACUAUGAUAUUUUGAUAAGUAUUUUAAGUUGUGAACAUAUUUUAACAUUGAUCGAUUGAACAGCGAACCAACUCCACCGGUGCGAUAACACCUUAAAUAAACAUAAUGUGAGAGCUGGAACGAGCUAACAAUGCCAACUCACACAUUUAAACCUCAACGUUGAUUGGCUGGAUACAAAUCACACCACUUGCUACAUCACGUAUACAAAGAUCCCUCAACCGUUAGUAUAUAUAAAAGGGCGUGCACAACGCAAAUUCUCAGUGGAUGAUCUUUCAGUGGGUGAUCUCACAGUGGACUAUAGAGUGUAGUGAAGUCAGUGAACGUAGACCCGCUAGUGGACUUUCCAGUGAACUGAUCAGUAAAGUGAAGCAAAGUGAAGACUGAUGAGUAAAGUGAAAUGAAGUGAACUCUUAGAAAACUACUGCAAGAAGGCGAACAUUAUAUUAAGAACUGAGAGUUAUUAGAGGUUGAUUGUAACGAUUCACUACACUUAAAUUAAAUUAAGCCUCGUAACACUUUACGUAAAAACAAAUGCAUGUAUAAAAGCAAAUCAGCAAAACUAAUUAAAAAUUUGGAAAUUAUAAUUUAAUUUGUUAUUAAUAAGAUAUUUACGAAUGGUUUUUAGUGAAAAAGAAGGAAUACAGUCUUUUUUCCGUUUUCUUCGACCAAAUGUGUACUAAUGUGUACUGACCAUGCUAUACUAAUUUGCAUUUCAAAUUAUACAUUUCUUGUUGGUUUCAAGUAUGUUCAUAUAUAAAUAAAAUUUUUAUUCACCUCGCUUGCUCGGUAUGUACGGAGAAAUAUCGUACCUCGGUCUUUUUGUACAAGCCUCGCCCUACGGGCUCGGUCUGUACAAAAAGACCUCUGUCCGAUAUUUCUCUUUCCGUUAGUAAUUGUAAAAUGGCACACUUUUGUGAAAUCUUCACUGUACCUGCUGUUGAUUAUAUGAAUUGAUUUUACUAACAUUGUUUCUCUGAUUCAGGAUUACCAUCCCCCGUUUUCUAAAGAUAUCCCUAUAGAUUUCCGGGUGUCCCUUCUUAAAGAUGCUCCAAACCCUCUCGGUAUUCUUGGCUCAAAAGGUAAGAUAGUGUAAAUAGAAAUAUAAUGUAGCUGAUGGUUUAAAUAUCAAUUUCAGUCGUGUAUAGUAUAGAAAAUUAAUGUACUCGCUGGCUAACCAUGCUUUCAUGGUCGAAUAAUGAUUGUCACAGAGUUGUUACAGUUAUUCGCCUGCUAGAAAAUACAUGCAUGCAGCAACCCCUCGCCUUUCUUAACAGAUGAAGUUUAAAAAACAAACAUAAAAACACAACAUAUAUUUGGAUAUAUUUGGACUUUUCAAAAGCGUUUGACUCUGUUCCCCACGAUAAACUAAUUGUGAAACUCCACCAAUUUGGAAUAACAGGACGGCUUUUGCACUGGUAUAGCGACUAUUUAAUGGGACGAAAACAACGUGUUGUAGUAGAUGGUGUUUCGUCGAGCUAUCUUGAUGUGACCUCCGGAGUUCCACAAGGAAGUAUUGUCGGCCCCCUACUCUUCCUGGUCUAUGUUAACGACCUCCCUGACGCUGCCAAAUACAGCAAAGUACCCAUGUUUGCCGACGACAGCAAAUGUUAUCGAGUCAUAGAAACGUCACAUGACACUCAACUCCUUCAGUCCGAUCUGCAAUCCCUUUGCAAUUGGUCCUCUACCUCAGAAUUGAAGUUUAAUCUCAAAAAAUGCAUUGGAAUCAGAUUCUCCCGCAAACGUUUAAUUGAGUCACCCGAAUACAGUUUAAACCAAGAACCGAUAACCCUUAAACCCUCCCAAAAGAACCUCGGAAUAAUAAUUAGUAACAACUUAAAAUGGUCACCUCAGAUAACCAGUAUCGUGUCAAAGGCAAAUCAGAUGCUUGGUUUUCUCCGACGUAACUGUAUCCACCUGACUGAUACGAAAUGUCGACGCUCACUCUAUCUGGCACUCGUGAGAGCUCAUCUGUGUUAUGGAAGUGAACUUUGGGCGCCUCAAUCAACAUCAAAGGACCUUCUCCGUAUCGAAAGUGUUCAACGACGAGCGUCCAAAUACAUACUUCAAGAUUACCACUCUUCCUACACUGACCGACUGAAAUUUCUUAACCUUCUCCCUAUUUCGUACUGGUAUGAGAUAAAAGAUAUUAUUUGUUUCUACAAGAUCAAAUCUGGACUCUACGACCUAAACCCCGAAGAUUAUAUCGACUACCCUACCCAUCAUCUGACCCGCUUCAGUUCAACCAAUUGCUACAGACCCAACCUUUGCAGAACUGCCUAUUUCAGAAGUUCCUUCUUCAACAGAAUUGUGCCUCUGUGGAACAACCUUCCUGAAGAUCUGAAAUCCUCCACCUCUACUGCCACACUCAAAUAUAAACUGAAGAACUAUUACCGGGUCAAACUUGAAACAUUCUUUGACGUUGAUCGUCCGAGGACAUGGAAAACCAUUUGUUCUAAAUGUCGCUCUUGUUCUAUUACUUGUUGUUCAUGAUAGUUGAGAGCGCUCCAAGCUGUCUUUGCAUUUCCAAAAUGUCUUUGUUUCAGUCUGUUGAAUAAAUUAAAUUAAACGCCCAGAUAAAAAACACCCGGGCAGUCUAUGUUCUCGAAAUACUAUCUUUGGAAAAAGCAGGGACAGCUUGGAGCACAUGCAUGUUUAGGAUGUUUACUGUAUUCUGUGACUAUGUCUGUGCUGCACAAUGUUGACUCAUCUAUAUGUAUAAUUUUUUUUUUCUAACUUGAUCAUUUUCCAAACCAUAUUAACUUUGGAAAGUGUAAAGAUGGGUUGGAACGCAUUGAUCGUGUGUUGUAAUUUUGUAUUGUAGCUUUGUUAAAGUUGUAACCUGUCUCUAUUGUUUUACAAUGUCAGUGUAAUGUGUAGGUAGGACUUGAUUUGGGACUCCUCAGUCCUGUUGUCUGUACCUUCAAUCGUUUUAUUGAUUGUAAAGUUUAUAAAAAAAAACAAAAAAAAAAAAAAACACCACCGCAACAUAGUUGGAAAAAUCCGGUCGAGAGGAUCAUGAGCAUUAUUAACCUCGCUUUGCAGGGAGUUGGCAUCAUGCGUGAAGUUGUUGCACACGAGGAUGAGCUCAAACGUUGCAACAACUUGAAGUCUAUCCGUGGCCUUGCGUCCAAAAUUCCAGAGAUCCAAGAAGAGGUUAUUGGUUCUAUAAAUUCUACAAAGGGUCUAAUGUCUUCCAUGAUACAGAGGCUAAAGUUGAAGGAUCAUCACUUCGAGACCCAUGAUCCUGCUUCAGAGGCAGAAAUUGAUUCCUUAUGGGAAAAUGUAUUGAAGGUGAGUGUUCUAAAUAAUAUAACAAAAUCAUUAACUUUGAUGCUAUAAAAACAUCGUUCAGCAAAAUUAUUUUUCUCUACAGAUAGACAACUCCUUGACGAAGGAAACACGCACCAAAAAGGAUAUCAAGACGAAGGAAGAGCUGAAAUUGUUCUUGGAAAGCCAUUGCAAAGUUCGACAGUACAUGUUCAGUAUUCUGAAGUGCGGCAAGUCUACAUGUAAUGUAUGUAAAGCUCCUCGUCUACCAGAGGAAAUCUUCUCAAAGAUGUCCACCAUCUGCCAGAUCCUAUGCCAGCAGGAGAGAAAUACAAACAGUUUGACGAACUGUAUGGGAAGGUACAUAUGCAUAUUUCAAUUGAUUGAACUAAGCAUCAGUAUGGUAUAUGCAGUUUCUCUGAUUAUUUUCAAUUUGUUGUUUUAUAUAGGUGGAAACUACAGAGGAAUACCUGCCAUCUGCAGGGUUUUCAUUAA